UUAUACUUUUUUUAACGCCUAGUUAGUGAUAAUAUUAUAUUUUGUGCAAUUAUUAUUUUAUUUUAUUUUUUUUUUUUUUUUUAAUUUUUUGUCGAUUUCUGAUUUUUUUCUUUUAUUCCAUUUAUUUCGCAUACAAUAUUCACACCGAAACCACGAUACGCCACGCGCGACGGACGAUGGGCUAUUAAUUGUUUUUUAAAUUUUUUACCGUUUCCGCCGUCUCGAAUAUCCGUACGUCGGACCCGCCGCGCGACCUACACGCCCGUGCGAAUCUCAACGAAACCCCGAGUAGGCGCCGGAAUGAAAAAUUAACAGUUAAUAAUAUGUUUCGGCGUUCCGCGCGUUAUUCGAGCCAACAACACCACCGUCGUCGUCGCGGUGCGGCAGCGUCGAUCGCGCGCCGUCAUUAAGACUGUAUUGUUAUACUACUUAAUAAUAUUAUACGUAAAACCCCGUGAAGCGCCGAUCGGGAAUCCGACUUAGUGUUUACAACGGCGAGUUCCCGUAUUAAAAUAUUACUCGUGCUCGCAUACCCAUAUAUAUAUAUAUAUAUAUUUAUAAAAUAAAUAUUAUAAAUAUUGAUGCUGAUCCUGCGACCGUGCCCGCAAUUGUUCGUAUCAUAAUCAUAAUACGUUCGACGGUGUCGUCCGGCCGGACGUGAGAAAAUGAACAACUUUAUGGAUUAUUUCGUGACCAAAGAGAACUACACGAACCGCGGACAUUGGGCCAGAGCCAGACACGUUUCCGAGGUAAACAUCAUACGUAUUAUUUUUGAAAAUUUAUCGAGAAAUUUGACGCGCGCGCGCAAUCCCGAAUAAAUAACAAUCACAGACGGUGUCUGGGUAUUGUUAUAAUAUACGCGAAUGCCCGUAUGGCGCGUUUGGUAUUAUUAUGUGCGUGCCGCGGCGUGAUGGCUGUUGCGCGUGUGUACGGCGGCGGCGUGCCCGAUCCCGUUACCUUGGUUACCGCCGUACACGAAGCAGUCCGUAGUCGUCGUUCUCCCGGCGACGUUGCCGAUUUGUGCGCCCUGAAAUCCGAAACCCCCCAGCGACAGUGGCGGUUUCCUGGCGCGCGCGCGCGCGCGCUCGCACCUCCCGUCCCUGCCGCUGGAAGACGCGGCGCGGCGGUCUGGUAUACACGUACCGCGGUAUACGUACACGUGCGCGGCGGCGUGCCGUUCCGUCGUCACGCGGCGUAUAAAUUACGCGCGCACCGUUGUCGUCGUCGAUUUCGGGCCGGGCUGCGGUGGCGUCGACGGUGUUCGCGGGGAAGUGUGAAUAUGCGCCUUUUCUUGGCCGCCGCCGCUCCCACCGUUGGAUUCGUGGAAACCCUCCCCCCCCUCCCUCGUAAAGUACGUCGGUUUUGUCACGUUCCCGUUCGCAGUCCGCGUGUAAUAAACCGCGACAAAACCGCCGUCGCGUAUGUCGACCACGAGACAAAGGAAAUGUAGAUACUCGGGCAAAAAAGCGAUUCGCUCAAAAGAGCGCACCCUGACGACAUUCGUUUGUAACUACGUCGCCUAAAUCAUCAGUACGAUAAUAAAUUUAUUGCCUUCGCCUCCGUGUUCGUGUCACGGGCGAAACGUACGACACUACCUACAACUACCUGACACGGCGAGUGGAAAACGUUUUUUGUCAACCGAACCGUUUUGCACAGGUUUGAGCCGAGCGGUAUCCGUGGUAUCCCUUAUGGUAUCGACGUACUGCCACACUGGUAACGAACGUAUACCGUGUGUAUUCAUAAUACGCACGGUUCGUUUGCCAAAAACACGGCACGUCAAAUUUAUUUCCCGGAAACUUCGCGUCGUCCGCGCGCGUUUUCCUCCGAGCGUCUGCAAAAUCGUAUAGUACACACUAUAUAAUGUAUAAUGAUGCAUACGAUUAUUUUUUUGGCAUUCGGAGAUAUUUUUAUUUUUUUUUUUAAACUUACACUUUAGAAUAUUCCUACAAAAGUUAAUUAUCCCGCGUGUGUGCGGCGCACCCGUCAUAGAAUUUUCAAGAAAAAAAAAUUAUGAUCCUUGCAUUAUGUUACGUCGUUUACGUUUAGUGCGACUAGAUUUAAUAAUCUAUACGCGAGGAGUUCAUAGUAUGAUAGUCAACAGUUUACGAGAUACGAUAUUACGUACCGAUAAUUAUUUUGUGAAUUUUCGAGUCGUUUUACCUGUAAUUUGCCGUCGACUGGCAGUUAAUUGGGCAGUUUUUGGCCAUUGUACCUUCUAAUAACAGUAUAAACACGAAUAGCCGAUGAUAACGGUAAACAAAUUUUCAAUUAUAAAAUGACGCAAUCGUAAUGAUUACCAUUAUUUCAUUAUUUAUUAAUUAAUGUUCAUAAUAUUAUUAUAAUAAUGUGUAUCUAUACUAAAUAAUACGACGCUACCGUACAUCUGCGGUGAUGCUAUCACGACGGCCGUUAUCACGAGAGGUUAGGUUAAGUUAGGUACAAUACUAUCACGGUAGAUACUAUCAUACCGCAUGUGAUAGUUUAGUUCUAUCGCGACAAUGACGGUAACUAUUCACCGAUACUAACGUGGUGCGGACAUCGGUUAUAUUUUUUUAUUCCGCGGUACCGGAAUACAAAGGCCAAAUCCUUUGGCCGUCGAAUUCGUGGGCAAUUAAUUUUCUCUAAAAAAACUAAUUGCGUUCGUUUGUACAUCAUUAUAUUAUCAAUACCAUUACCCCCGUAUAAUUGAAAUAAAAUAAAAUAAUAGUAGCUACUAGGCAGCGAUAGUGAAUACCAAUACGUCCCGAGGAUUGCUACGAGCUACGCUCAGAAUCCAACACCUGUAUAUUGUAAUAUUAUGUCGUCAAGCCGAUAGCCGACAAGGAAUGACUGUAAAUUUGAUGUAUGUGUGUGACUAGGUUUACGAAUCACCGGGAGUCUGUAUAAUAACAUAUUAAGGUAUAAUAUCCACUCGUAAAGGAGUGAGGACCUAAUACCCAAAACGGACCCCACGUGAUUGUUUCGAUCCACGAUGAGAUUCGUCCGACGAUGGUCGUAAUAUUACCGACCAAAAUAAUUCAAUUUCGUCUACGUUUAAAAUUCUAUCAAUUUCGAUUCUGUACUGUUUUUUCUUUUUCUAUAAAACGAGAAUCUAUAAAUGCAGCACUAUAAAUAUGUGUGUUAUUUUACUAUUUGGUACAUUUUUUAUGCGUAAAACGGUUUUAUACUCUCGUCCAUUUGCAUAAAAUAAAAUCGUUUAAGCGCCUAUAAUUGGAUCGCUAAGUGCAGAAAGGGCGCAUGUUCAAAAAUGUUCAAGCAAAACAAAAGCCCUUCAAGCACCUACACUAUUUCAAAAAAACAAUUUGAUACUGUAGAAACUUUCAGAAGACAUCUAACACUAUGGUAUUAACAUUGCCGUAUAAAUAAAUAAUAACAACUUGAAAUAUAUUUUUCAAUUAAAAUAAUGAAGUCGAACGUGUGCGCAUUUUAGCGAUUAAACUGGUACUGAUAUACUCAUACUAUAUAUUUAAGUAUUUCUUCACUGUAUAUUAUUUGUUGAAUAAUGAACAGUAAUUCCCGGUUGAAUCGGCUCGAAAAUUUGAACAAUCCGUUUAUAUAAUAUUGUAAUGCAUUACGUUUACGAAAAUUAUUUUUAUAGCGUCCAUGAAGACAAAACUAUAUUAGUUUAUUUAUGUCCGUUAAUGUUGCCAAAAUGUUUCAUAUUAUAUACAUAAACGUUAACUAGGACAAAAAUAUGUGUCAUCCGUCCGUUUUCCAAUUUCAAAAUUGGCUUUUUUUUUCCAUUCAAUUAAACGCGUGAUAUUUUAUUACGGUUUCCUUUAACGAUUUGGUUAAAUAAAUAGAUUAACAGAAAUAGAAAAAAAAAAUGCAAUUCUCACAACAAAAUAUUAUGAUUUAUUUACUUAUACAUAUUAAUACAAUACGGGUUGAAGCCCAAUUCGACGUAUAGUUCACAGUGAAGUUAAGCCUGAGGUGUAUAAAAUUGCAAACGACGCUUACACACUGAUGGCAGAUAAAUAAGAUACAUUUAGAAACAAGCAUUCAAUAAUUUAUAUAAGAUAAACCUAUAAUAUUAUAUUAUGUUUUUUUUGUUUUUUUCUCAAUCAGUAUUUACACAAUAUCAUAUAAUGUUACGCCAGACGUACGGUUUGUAUCGACAAUAUUAUAAAAGAUAAUGUAUAAUGUACGAUAACAAAACUUGUACCGUACGCUGAAAUACGUUAGUCGGGACGGAUUCUAGGAACGCCCACACAAAUCUACCGCCCCUAUAAAUCCGCCGCCACCCGCGGUACAUUCGCACCCAUUGCACCAUCCUGAAUGCGGCCCCAGAAAGAUCUAGGUACAUGAAAAGGAUAAAUAGUUUGCGAGUAGAAGGGAGAAACCUUAACAUUUAUUUGGGGUAAGAGUACAUAGGAGCGAAUAAUACCAUCAAUUAAUUUAUGAAGGAAUCUUGUGUUAAGUUCGGUUUGCCUGUCGUGGUUAGCGAGUACAAAGUUAAGUGCAUUUAAAACCGGGAAAUAUCCACGAGGGCCGUGUUCAAUUUUUAGAAGGAAAACUCAACAAUUUACGUUGCAUUCGUUCAACCUGACUUACCACGCACACAUUAUGUGAGCCCCAUAAAAAGUGCAGUAAAGAAUCUUUAAAGAAUUAAAAUCAUAUGAUUGAAUAAUAAUUCCUUAUUAAAAUUUACCAGAACUAACGCGGUACGUUUUUGUUUGAACGACACAUUCACAGUUUUAAAGGAAUAUUAAUAAAGUUAUUUUAAAUUUCUGUAAAAUCUCAGUCUUCGAUCAUUUUGUAUAAAUAUUAAAUAUUUUUCAGAUUUUGACCCAGUGAAAGGAAUACGUAUUGAUUUUACUAUAAUGUUCUUUUUUUUUUUUUUAAUGCCUUAUACGAAUGACUUUUCUACCAGAAAUCUUGUCUAAAAUCAAAAUUUCAUGUAAUUGAUGCAUUUUUGGGAACGUAACUUUUUAAUUUCCCUUGCAGUUUUCUAAAUAAUUUUUUUAAUUAAAAAUUUUUUUUUAUUAGUACCUAUAUAAUAUACAGUCUCGAUGAAAUGAUUACUUACAGUUAAGAAAUUGCGUUAUAAUAAUUUUGACGAGAUUAAAAAAUUAUUUAAAUUUUCAUUAUAAUAACAGCUUAUCGGAUCCUUUAACUACGCGAGCAAUAUUAUGAUUUCGUAAUACACAUAGUUGCAAUGCAAUACAACAUAUGUAAUAUGCUUCUGAUGUACCUAUAGAGGACUUGUUACGACUAAUAGACUUCUAAAAGGUUAUCAAGUGUUGAUUUUGUUGAUUUCGAAUGUUUUGAUUUUAAACACUAUGUGCAAUAUUAAACAUGAUCACAUAACAAUUUAUAUAUAUACUUAUUGUAAUGGUUGCGUGUUCGGAACUUUUAAAAAUAUUUAUAUAGCAAUUGUAUAGCAAAUUUUAGACAGAAAUUGAUAAUUAUUCAAAGGUCUUUUCAUACUGUGACCGGACGUUCCACAAUAGGAGGAGGGAUUAUUCCGUUUUCAUCUCACUUUCACGAAAGUGUUUUUUAUUAGAUUAUUUUAUUUUUGUUUUGGACAUAAGUUAUCGUAUUAUUAUUAUCAAUUAUAUAAUUAUUGAUAAUUUCUAAUUAUAUGUUUGUUAGUAACACUUAAGUUGGUAAUACUUCUAAUAUUAACUAUUGCAAAAUAUAUAUUAUGACUUAUGCAAGUUUAUUAUUUACUUGUAAAAGUUACAAAAGUUGUAUUUUUUAUAAUAUAAAUGAAGUUUAUUGUGAAAUAUAAUAGGUAUAUACAUUUACUAGAAUAUUUUACUAGAAUAAAUAUUUUAUUCUUAUUAUAUUUUUAAUAUUGGUUUUAGGUAAUAGUACUAUAUAAAAGUAAAAUUAAUUUAAGUGCAUGCAAAUAUUGUGUUCUAUAGGUAUUAUAUAUAGGUGUUCUAUAGAAUCUUAAACGAUAAAAAAACAAAAAAAGACCUAUCGGCAAGUGUGACCCUCCUUCCCUCCUUUCAGACAAAACAACUUUGACCACACUAAUUGUUUGCUACUGCCCAAAAGCCAAAUGCGAAAUCGUCUCCCUUUUUUAUUUUUACAAAGAUAACGAUUGUUAGUAGAAAAUGUUUAAAAAAAAAUAGAAUAAAACGUUCACAUUUUACAAAAUGUUUUAUAUGAUGUAUAUAAUAUGUUCAUAUGACAAAUGAUUAGUUCCCUUCCCCCCCCCCACGCCUAGCCACGAUUAUGCCAUUUCAUUGCUUUUAUUACAAAUGUAUUAUGCAAAAUUUGAAGUGGACAAUGGUUUAUGAUGCAAAGUAGUUUUUAUUGUGUAAACAAACUGUGUGUGUAUUGAUCUCUUACCAGUAUAUUAUUAGAUAUUAUAUAAACGCGACAUUUGAAACCCGAGAGGUUUGAAUUCCCCCUUUAUAUAGACGUCAUUUUAUAUAUCUGUUUACACGCAGGAACGUUUCACGAUUUUGAACUUAUCACUUAUGACAAAAAUUUAAAAAGCAUCAAGUGUCUCGUUUCAAUCAAUAUAAUAUUAGGUACCUAGCUAUUAUAACAUAUGUAUAAACUUUCAGCGCAAAUAAUAUUAUGUUUCGUAAGUAUAUACGAAAAAUAUAUAUGAUGUUUCACUAAAAAUACUAUCAGAAUAAAGACAAAAAGCUGUCCUAAGAUAAUGGAGACGGGCGCGGCCACUGUUAUAGGUAAUUUAAUGUAUACGCCUGUAAGCAACGAUAAACCAUUUCUACCGAAAAAAUGAUUCUGAGCGCAGUUCAGUUGAUAGUGAUGCUUUGUCAACAAUAUAUAUAUAUAUAUUAUAUAAUAUGUCAUUUUAUAGUAAAAUAAUUAAUUAGUCGUUGUACAUUUUCUCUAAUAAUAUUUGUUUAAUGAUGUACCGAUUUUUCUGUUUUUCCUACGUUUUUCCCGGUUUUUCACAUUUGCUGGGAAAACUCUUGGGGAAAUCAAAAAAAUGACCUUCUUAAAGCAUCUCCCCACACUGAUUUCCUUAAAAAAAAAAAAACAACAGAAUUUAAAAUAACGAAAUCAUUAUUUUUGUAAAUUUUUACGUUCUUUCUAGGUUUUUUUCUGGGUUUGUUGAAUAUUAAAAUAACUAUACAGGAAAUCAAAAAACGACUUAAUUAUUCACCAAUUAGAUUGAAAAAUUAACAAAAAGGACCUCUUGUUAUUUUUCUAUUGAAGCAAGAUAAAUGGUAGAAAGUUGCUUACGUACUCAAAAAAUACAAAAGAACGCAUAUAGUGAAACUAAUGAUCCCUCGUUACGCUACGAAUCUAAAAAUUAAAGUUUUUAUUAAAUAUCAAUUUUCUACUAGCCACUUUUCUUUUUCAAUUUUUUUUCGGAAGACGUGUUUUUGACGCUUAUUCCGAAAAUAUUUAUACUUUUUGUGAAAACCAUUAUUAAAGAAGUUAUGGAGAAAAACUUAAAAAAAACAAAAACAAUCGGAAAGUUGAAAAGUCGGGGUUUGAACAUUCGCUCGCCGACUUGAGUGCCCUGCACAGCCCUCUUCUUCCUCUCAGCCCUUACGAUGAUACAGGAGAGGGAAUAUCGCUAACCUAACCUAAAUAUCAAAUCUAAUAUAUGAUAGAGCCUUAAAUUUAAACCUUAUCGGUCUUAUAAAAUCGUAAAAACUUCAAACAUCCGUAACUUCUUUAAUAUUUGUCUAAUUCGAUCGCUGUCUAAAUAACUCAUUGAAAAUACAAUUUAUACAUUUAUACAUAUUUAUGAUUGAAAAAUGAUGAAUGGGAACGGUUAUCCAUUUUUAAAAAACCGCGCAGGAGUCUUAACGACACAGUUCUGCAUAUUUUUGAAUUAUUCGCAUAUAAAAUAUAUACACGUAUUAUACAAAGGCAGAUCAACACUAUACCUAGGUACUAAACUAUUUAGCAGAUGGUUUCUAUUUUAUUUAGAUAUCACAUCGAAUGAAAUGGCGAAAUAACUUAUUACACUUUCAUUCAAGAUAUUAUACAAAUUACUAUAAUUUAAAAACAAUUGAACGUUUGGGUACGAUAUACUUACACAUUUGUUUACCCUUUCGUUUUUAUCCUUCAAAAACUGCAGUCGCACAGGAAAAUAUAAUAUUGCUGUUUACAUUUUUUCAUUAUAGUUUACUUAUAUUUUUUUUGGCAAAUAUAUUAUACAUGAAUAUUUCCGAUAGAAAAAAAAAAAGGUUAGAAAAAUAAUAUAUACAUAUUUGUGCACCUAUAUUUACUAUUUAGCGUUUUAAAAUAAUAAUAAUUGAAACUUGGCCACCGUACAAAUUUGCGGGUUUGACGACGGCACGAGACGGUAAAAAAUAAUUGACGCACGUAGGUGCCUACCUUUUCAACGUCGUUAAAAGAAAAUAACUCAUUUUUAAUUUUCACCAUUUAUUAGGAUAGUAAAGAGAAUAUAAAUUAUUAUUAAUUAUGCAAAUAAUAUAUACUUUUCUAGUAACUAUUAUUUCAAGUAAAAAAAAAAAAAAACCGCCGAACCAAACCAAAUCGUAAAUUAACGCCCAGAGAUAUUAUAAUAUAGUCAUAGUAUUAUUAACUUGUAAUAUGUCGUAAAUAUUUUGACGUUGUGUAUUUAUUAUUAUGAAAUUGUGUGGUUUUUUUUUUGUUCUCGACAUUAUGAAAGAAGACGCAAAAUUGGACCCGUAUUGAUAACUUAAUGACACGGUGCUUAUUUCUGUGCGCAUAAUAUGUACAUAACGUAUUAUGUUGGUUGUUUUUAUCCAUCUAAUAAACCUAAUAGACAUUAAUAAUAAUAAUAAAUAAAUAAUACCAAUACCGUAUUAUUAUAUGCCUCUACCAAUGCAAGCGCGUGUGUAAAUUAUAACCGUGUUCUAAAUUUAGUUAUAUUCACAUAUCGAUUCAAAACCGAACCCAAACAACGAUAUCAGAGGCGCAUAAAUUUAACACCGAAAAACAAAUUAAAUUGUUACAGUUUAUUAUGUUGCGUGCGUGUUACGUGCGAUUAACCCCACACGUGUAUUACGAAAUAACACGGCGGUUUGUUGGUCUGUAUGCAAAUUGUGUUUGAAGUUUUUUUUUUAUUUGUUUUUUUUUUUAUUUCGGGAAAUAUUCGACAAUUCACGUAAUAAAUUAUAAUUAUUCUCACUGUGAUCAAAACUGUGCAGUAUCUAAUAUAAUCAACGCAUAUUAUUGAUUGGGACUUAACAUCCGGAAUUCGUUUGUAAAAUAAUCCAUACAGAUAUCAUCGGUCGGCAACAGGCAACAGACAUGCGCGUUCAAUCCGGCCCCGCGGAGAGGAAAUAGAAAUUGUUGUACGCGUUGUAUUUGGUGAUUACAGUGGCAAUUAUCGUUUAUUGACUGAUACAUUCGUGUUUUUAUUUUUUAGGAAGUGUUAAUUAAAACGGAAAACAAAAUAAUAGAGUUGACAAUUGGGCCUAUAGAUUCCAAGUGGGUAGUUAUAAUAAUACUGUUUUAAAAUGUUAAAAGGACGCCGCAACUACAUCCCCGUCUUUCUAACGUACCAAAUGACGAAUUUUCGUUCAGCGGGUAUAAACGUGUGGGUUUUAAUAUUAGAGAGAAUUUACCUACGUGCAUUAUGAAAUUUACGAGAAUUAUUAUAAGUAUUUUUAAUUUGUGAUAUUUCGCGUACUUUUAUCUUGUUUGUAAGUUAAAAACGUAUCAACAAACAAAAAAUCGACGUAGUCACACAGAUAAUGUGUCUUGUCUUUAAGUUUGAUGUUGGGUAAAUUCACUCUGAAUGUAUUAAAAUGAAUGGGCACGUUUUCCCAGCAGAACGAAAAUUAUAUUGCUAUAUCGCAUUCAGUGACGCAGCCAGGAUUUGUUUUCGGUGGAGGAGGGUUAUAAAUUUCAAAAUGUUGUGACUGUACACGGGUAGACUACUGUUGCAGGUGGGUAGUUGGGAAGGCAAAGGAUAUAUACCACAGGGUAAUUCGGUUUAUAUAAUAUACUGUUAAAACGAUAAUUCAUUGGAAACGAAAAAUGAUUCUCAGCGUAUAGUAGUAAUAUAGUGAAAAAAUAGUAGCGUUUUACACUUUGUUGCCAAGGUAACCCAAAAAUCAACAAUAAUCAAACAAUAAAAAAAAUGUAUAAAGGGUGUACUGCUGAGAAUGUCGAUAAGUAUUUCAAGUAAAAUACUACCGGGCAGAAAUUCCGAAUUUAUGAAAAAAUUGAAACAUUUGCUGAAAAAAAAAAAAAAGUUUAAUUAAAGUAUCGUGGCUUGAAAAGUCAAAAUAAUUUUACUAACCGUGAAAGUGUUUUCCGUAAAAAAAGCUAAAUAUUUUUAGAAUUAGUUUUGUUUACUUAUGAGUUCCCUUGGUGAUCGUAAUAGUGUAAUAUAUUGUGACAUAUAUUAUUUUUGUUCGAUUUUUUUUUUUUUUAUUGCUGUUAUUAAACAAAUAUUUUUUAAAAGAGCAGUUGUUUUAUGCAUUUUGAGUAUUACUAAUAUUUGUAUAGAACAGUAUACCCGCAGCAUCCGUUUGCCCAGUUCGAUUAUUUUUAUCGUUAUAGUUACAAUAAUACAUUUUUAUUGUUCAUUGCUGUUUUUGAUAAAAAAAAUCCCUUUCUAACGAUAAUAUUACGGGCGCUGAAUUUGCGUAAUUUAUUCUGACGCUUUGUUAUAUCUGCUAAUUUUCAGUAAGGGACUUGUUUCAAUUUUUUUGUAUUAUUAUUAUUAUUUUUUUUUUCAUUUUAUAAUGUGCACGGGACAUAGUUGCACGGGGCAGCUGGUCACGUAUACGUUUUACAGGUAUUUAAUGAACUAAUAUAAAAUAGUAUAUAUUAAUAUACAGUAAGUACAGUAGUAAUAGGAAUUUUUUGUUGUUGUUCGUGGAAAAUUUUUAAAAUUUGAACUUAUGCCCUUAUUGCAUUUAGCGAUUCACUAAGUUACGGAGACGUGAUAUUAUUAUCUACAUUGUUUAUUUAUUUCGCACAGUUUCGCCGUGUGAAUCGAUUCAAUUUAGUUAGUUGCGCGUUUUAUAAAAUACGAACUGAUUAUUAUCGAACGGAUCGGAACGGAACGGUUACCUAUUAUAAUUGUUAUUAUUCAUUUCGACAUUUUAAAUAUUAUGAUAAUAUGUGCUAAGUUCAACGGUGAAAUAAAUUCCACGUAAAUGUAUUGUACGCAUAUGCGCAACGUGCCUUUAAAGAUGUAUUUUGUUCUCAUUAGAACAAAUUAUUAUUAAAAACUCAUUAGCUUUUAACGAUUACGAUUUCCACACAGUGGAUUGUUUAUCACCUCAUUGUUAUGCUGCUUUUUUAGACCUAUCGAUUGAUAUAUGUAUAUACACGCAGAUAUCCACUUACCUAUAGUUUACUAGACCGGACGCGACAAUCAAACGAAGGUUUAAAUUUAAUAAAAUAAUGAAAAUUUCGAUUCGUCUAAGGAUCCUAUUCGUGUUGUUUGUUUUUUUUUUUUCCAUUAUAAAUUAUUAAGAGAGGAGACACGGUGCACGUGCAUUUGUUGUUUCCGCCUUACAAAUGCACGAAACAUGCUUACUACACAGGACUCGCUUAAUUUUGAUUUUAGUGUUAAAACAUCUAAUAUAAGAUCAAAAGAGAACCAUAUAUUCCGGAGGGCAAGAUGUUGCGUAUUUUACAGUUUCUCCGAAUUUAUAAUAGUCAAUUAAACCGUUUAUAAAUAACGACUUUUUCAACGUUUUUUUUUUUUUUUUAAUGUGUUAAACAUUUUGAAAGAAACGCAACGUCUUGUCUUCCGGAAUAUUUGUUUCGAUUAAUUUCGUAAUAGCUGAGUGCUUUUACCCUAAAACCAAAAUCAAGCGAGUUCUGUGUAGUCUGCGUAAGCAUAUUUUUCCUAUAUAUUGUAUUUGUUAGACGGAAACAACAAAUGCAUGUAUAACGAUUUAGAACAAUUUUUUUUUUCUGUUGGAAAGUGGUCAACUUCCAAUAGGGGUCUUUUUGAUGCUCACGGUUAUUAUGGCGGUGACCAACGCCGUGAUAGUUACUAAUACGUAUAGUAGGUACCUGUAUAUGUGUGUAUAUAUUGGACAUUCGAACAGUUCUCCCGCCACGAUCACAGAAAAUUAAAAAUUGUAUUAUUUAUGUUGGUAAUACAGUAAUACACAGUACAUUAAUAAUAUAUUACCAGUAUUACAAUCAAGUAAUGUCGUAUGUAAGUUUGUUUGUAAGAUGUACAAUCUCCGGAACUGCCAAUGCUACUCGGAAAAUUCUCUCACCGAUAGAAAAUUAAACUACAUUUCGAGCGACAUUUAUGUUGCGAAAUAAUUUUAAUAGUCUAUGGGCUAUUAAAAAUCACUUUUUCGUUCAAUACGAAUAUUAUUGUUACUACAUUGUAUACUCAUGUACAUAUGCAGUUAUUACAAUGCCUAUACGAGUGGAAGUCAAGGCACACCGGCCUCGAAUAAAAACCUUAGAUCAUGAUAUUAUGCAUAGUAUAAUAUUGAAAAUGUUCGUCUUAUCACUCAAGACAGCGAUCCAGUUAAUUGUAAUAUUAUACGUCUAUGGAAAGUAUAGGUGCCUUAUCAUUUUAUCGACAUUUGUUAUUUUAAAUUUAUCUUGAUUGUGUCCUAUAAUAAUUUUAACAAUAUCAAAAUUUUGGAUAUUACGCUGAAGGUUGAGCUAUAGGCUAGCUAGUCUGUGUACAUAUUCUCUUCGGCCGUGUAAAAUAUUUUGUUUAAACGAAUAGUUAAACAAACUCAAUUGCUUAUAUUGUAUUAUCAUAGCUGUUUAAAUUGUAGUGUCACCACCGGUCGUUACAAUCAUAUUGUAGGUAUGCCUUAUACUUUAUUGCGCGUGUCCGUAAUAAUUGUCGUGAUUUUCUGAGUUUGAAAAUAAAGUCGUAUUAAUUGAACAGAUUGUAAACGAUAAUAAUAAUAUAUACCUACCUAUCCCUAUAUUAAAAUUAAAGCAGGCGACCUUGAGUUUUAGUUACUUUACAGCGCGACUUGGGUUAAAUUUCCCUGUACAAUAUAAUACCGUUGCUCGUCUACUUGUACCUAUUAUUAUUGUCGUACAUGGAUUGCGUUAUGAUGGGUUAUAACAUAUUAUUUUGCAUAUUAAUAUAAAUAAUUAGGUACAUUAUAACUUUUUUGUUUAUACUGAAAUGAUAAAUAUUUAAUGAUCAAAACUCACAAAACCGCAUCAGCCAUUAACAAUAAUUAUAGUUGUGUAGUUAUGUAAGUAGUACUGAUAAGCGAAAACAAUAUUUACAGUAAUAUAUUGUCGGCAUAGAAUCAAUGGAACGUAUCAAUCAAAUGCAAAUUUUUCAAGAUAGACGAAAACAAUUUUUAUCGAAAUUGAAUACAUGUGCAUUUCUAUUAAAUUAGUUGGUAAAAAAAAAAAAAAAAUAAAAUUAUUAAAAUUAUUUAAUAUGAAAAAAACAAUCUGUUUUUGGUUGAUUAGAUCCUCCGAUUCUAAAACGACGAUAUCUAUAGAAUAUGGUGUUACUAUUCAUUAUUGCUGAAAGUUCAACUAUGUUCAGGUAGGGGUAAUUGUAAUAAACUUAAAGUAUAGAAGAUAAAAAUACCUAAAUUAUUUGGAGAUAUAUUAGUACUUUUCCCAGUUUUAGAAUUUCCACUGCAUUGAUUUUAUUUCGAAAUGUUAGUUAAAUAUAAAAAUGUUCUGUUUACAAUCUCAAUUUUGUCGAGAUUGAUGAUCCUAUAAUAUUUUUUUUUUUUUGCGUAAUAAAUAUCCUUUCUGUGUCACAGUAUGUACCUACAACAAACUAUGCUGCUAACCGCAAGGAUGAUUCCGAUUGCUAAUGUUGAACCCUCCGUUUUAUUUGUUUUAACUUUAUCUUGUAAUACCGUACAACUUACUGUAAAAACUGUAUCUGUCAGGAAAAGCAAUGCUAAUGCGCCCCCCCCCCCGGUUUAGUGGAAUCUAAAUAAAUGGGGAAAAAAAGAUACUCUGGUGGUUUUUAAUAUUUUGAUUUUUCAAUUCUCAAACGAAAUGUGAGUAUGGAAAGUAUCACAAUGUAUUGUUUAUAAUCCUGCUUUAAAAUAAAAACAUCGACAAAAAAUCAUCUUGAAAAUACGUAUACCAAUUUUCUUACUUUUAAGUUCAAUAUUUGGUCAAAAUAACUCCAAUAUUAAAACUAUUGAUACAAAGUUGAUUCGGGUGAACGGACAUUUUUAAUGAACAUUUGUUCAUAAGACGAAGAUGAUGUGUAACGUCCUUGCAAAUUAUUGGUCCCUAAAUCAGCUAAAAAUCAAUGAAUUUUUCCAAUGGAGAUCCAAGGACUGUGAUCGAAUAUAAUAUAAUGUAGGUACUUUUGACUGGUAUAUUAUAAUUAUGUAAGUACUUAAUUUAGUAUGAAUAUUCAAUUUGUUUUGGUGUCAAUAUUCAUACGAUGGGGAAAUAGGUAUAGCAUGCUCUAAUGCUAUAAAGCGAAUUUUCGUUUCAAAACGUAUUAAAUAAAAACACGCAGUUCUCAUAUUAAUAUUGUAAUAAAAUUAAUUAAUAUUAUAAUGAAACGAGUUAUUACUGUCAUGUUUUAUAAAAUAGCAAAAUAGACAUUUAGUUAAAAUAGAUAUCAAAUUGAUUGUACAUUAGAUAAGUUAUUCCAUUUUAUUUCGUAAAUACAUUAUUAAAUUUUAAUUUCAUAAAAUAAAAUAGUUUCAAUAUUUCCUAACUUAUUUAAACUCCUUACUUAAAGAAUAAAAAUAAUAUAAAGAAAGUAAAUUUUUAUUUUUAUAAUAAUUUGUAUAAUUUUAAUUAUAAAAUAGUUGGUUGAAUGCUAUCUAUUGUAGAGUUGUAUAUUUAGUACAUACUGGUUACUGAGUAUAUCGCCUAGAGUGCAGCACAUGUUACAAAAUAUUCCGCUAUUUUGUAUUGACAUACAUACAUUACAUUUCAUCAAUUGGUUAAUUUUUAUCUGUAUAUUAUACAUUUAAUUUAUGACUCUUUAAACUAUUCUAAUUUAUAAAUAACAAAUAUCUUGUGUAACAUAUUUCGUUCGGUCAUCGGCCUAAUUCAUGAUAUUAAAGAAAAAAGAAAACUAUCAGAUUAUUUUUGUUACCGCUAAGAUAUCUGAUCGAAUGAACAGAGAUCUUUUGUGGUCUUUAUAAAAAUGAAAAAAAAUUAACGAUUCAUGGUCACACGUCAUGGCCAAAACUGGUUAGGACGAAGUUAUAAAAUGUUUAGAAAACUGUUAAAAUGAUUUGACAAAUUUCAUUUAAUUUUUUUUACGUUUUAUUGAAUAUGGUUUAGCCAAAGAUUGUUUUUUUUUCUCAUUAUUACAUUGUUGUCAAAAACGCCGUAGUCAAACGUAGAUUUUUACAGAGUUUCGAUUUUUAUACACAAACGCCGCGUGUGCGGGAAAAAGUUCCGGAGGGUUCAUAAAAAAAAAAAAAAACUAGUCAUUUUGAACCUUGGAACUUUAUGGUAUGUACGCGCGUGUACAAUGCGUUUACAAAUAACACUUUUCAAAUCCCGAAUAGGGGAGGGUUGAGCCAAUGCGCAGGCGCUUGUUUAUUUCGAUAAAAAAAAAAAAAAUCAUUGAAAUUCAAAUACAUUAACGACGUUACAUUUUAUCGGCGCGCAAUUGCGCAUUUUAUAAUUCGUAUUGGUAAUAACAAAUUAAGUAAGUAUAUUUGGUUACGUUGAUACAUUGCGCUGCCGCCGACGGAUUCUUGUGAAAUAAUAUUUUUACCGAGACAACUCGUUUCUGCGGCCACCGUGAACUCGUCCGCAAUACUUGUAUCCCCGCAAACCUAUUUGUUUAAAAAAAAAUCAAAACGCGUAAAUGUAUGGAUUUUUCAUUAUUAUUAUUAUUAUUAUUUUUUUUAUUAUUAUUUCUCUCGUUAUCAGCGUUUAUUUUGCAAUUUCGCCAACAAUCGUUCUUGGAAUAAAAUACGAGUGGGCAGGUAUACAGCGCAAAAUUCGCAGACAGGCGAUCGACAUUAAUUUUACGAUAUUGUAAUGUGCAUUUAUUCGGUCCGUAGUGCGUUUGUUUGUUUUUUUUUUUUUAUCCGUUUUAUCACACACGCGAUUUAUUAUCAACCGUCGCGGUCUACCGCGGUGUAAAAUGGAUUCAAAACGCGCGGCUCUGGAAUAUUGUUUUAAGUAUUGAUUGGAAAUAUAGAAGAAGAAUGCCAAGUGUACGGCAAGUGCGCCGAGACGCGUAUUAUGGGCAAGCGUGUCGGGGACGCCGAAAUCGUGUGUGUAGUGAGACGCACUUUGUGUAACACGAAACGUCGUUGUUAAGCGCGCAGUACGUAAUUGAAAAGUGUGUGGCGGCUGUGUUUAUGACGGUUAUUUGUGUUCGUUAUUAAUUUUUACAGUUUUUCGCACUUUUAAUAAUUGUUAAUAGAGGAAUAAAAUUCUGAAACGCAUUAUUAAAAUUUUAAAAAACAAACAAGUUGGCUCGUAAAACAUUGACAGUAAUCACCAGGGCUGUGAAUUUGUGCACAAGAAAGUGCAUUUUUUUUUUUUUUUUAGCUGUUUGUGAACCGUAGCUUUCUAAGUAUAUAAUUUGAAUUAUGCAACAACAAAUUAUUUAAUUUAUGGUGAAACUUUUAUUUCGCAUUUUUUGAUGUUUUUUUGAUUUUUAAGGUUAUUUUUUGGACUUUUCAAAAGUCUCAUUUUCCAUUUUAGUUCAUUUUCCGGGAUUUUUAAUCAAAUUUCGUUUUUUAAACACUUUUUUGUUUUACACAGGCUGUAUAUAUAGUAUACUAUAUACCUGCGUCAAAUUAAUAUUUUAUAAAAUAAUAUUUUACUCAAGCUGUAUACGGGUUAGGUAAAGAUAAGUAUUCGAUAAAAUAAAGCAAUAUUGUAGAAAUCAAUUUAUUCAACGUUCAAAUUCGAUCAACAGUUUUAUAAUCUGUUUUAUUAAAUAGAUACAUUUAUGUGUAUAUAAUAUACUAAUAUCAGUAAUAUCAAAAUAAAUAUAAAAAUUAAAUUAAAAACCAUGCGCAUUAAGUGCAUUUUAUAUUGAAUUUUGCGACUUUAAGUGCAUUUUUAAGGUUUUUCACUGCGUUCAAUUCUCAGCCCUACUUAUCACAUAUUAUUUCAAAGAUGAUGAAGGUGUAGAAUAAAUUUGAAGAUGCUUUUAUAGUUUUAUAAUCCAUGUUUAAUUUAUAGGCAAUACAGGUAUUAAAUAAAGAAUUAAAACUGAUCAUAUAUGUAAUUGAUAUUUAUUACAUUCAUGACGAGUAUAGAUUGGUAUAAGUUAUAUAUUUUUAAAAAUUGUUUCAAGUUAAUUUAUAAAAAAAAAUACACAUAUAUCUACUGAUUUAGUCCCUCUGAGAAAAUCUAAAAUAACGUCUUUAAGGUAGGUACUAUAUUAAUUUAGAAUCUAAUUAAAAAAAAAAAAAUGGGCUAUUUAUCCUUAUAUAUGAUGAUUGAUAAUACAUCAGGGAAAAUUUAAAUUGAAAUUAAUAUGCGAUAUAAGAUAAUAAUUAAUUAUCUUUUCGUUGAUAUGCUGAUCAAAAAUUCCUCCCUUCCCCUCCCCCUCCUAAAAAACUGAAAUUAUUCCAUUGUUGGGAAUAGUAUGGUGAUAGUAACUGUGAUAUUGAUAGUAUUGUUUGAUAUAAAGUAUGCAGCACGAAAAAGUAUAUACUCUAACCUCUGAAAUGUAUCCAAUAUUGUGUUUCUCGAAGGUUUUUUUCUUUUUGGUCUGUUGAGAACUCCUUUUUAUCCUUUUGAAUGUUUAACCGAAAUCGAUAAACGGGAUAAAUUUCAAAGGUUACGUUAACCGCUUUUGCCGGAUCGUUCAUUUACAGUUAUUGCAAAUCGUAUUCGCACACUGUUUUCGGAUUGGAUGUGCGUCACGGUAACAAGAACGCGACACAAAUCUGUUGCUCGGGAAAAAUUCGAAUUAUACUCACGCGCCGUCACACCAGUAAAAAAAAAAACGUUUAAUGUUAACAUGUUUUCAGUAGAAAUUUAAUUAAUUAUAAAUCAAAUACAAACCGGUGGACAGUGGAAUGAUUAUUAUUGUAAAACUCGGCACAACUGAAUAUGGGUAUCCGAAUUAAUUUAUAUAUUAUUAUCGACGGGGUUGUGUCCGAAAUCGUUUAAUACCUAUAGUAUAACCGUUUCGUUUAUAAUUCGCGCGUACGCAUUAUAAUUUCGUCUCGCCUGUAAUGUAUUUGAUUUUAAAAAUACGUGUUUUGAUACAAUUUGUACGCUAUAAUUACAAAUCAAAACCAAUUUAAAUCUCGUUUAAAUAACAUAGGUAUGAUAUUGUGUUAUUAUAAUAUGUGACCGAGCCUCGUCUCCACGUUAUGCGAAGAGUUCCUUUGGAGACGCUCUGUGUUGGUCUAAUAGCAAGUAGGUUAAUUACUCGGAUAAAAUAUAAAUUGCCUGACCGCAAUUUUACACGACGUCGGUCAUAAACUCUGGCGAAUAGAGCCGCGUACAAAUAAUGUUUCAUUAAAUUCGUAUGUAUACGUGUUUUAAAUUGCAUAUAUAUUUAAAUUCAGUAAAUGUAUAUAUUUACUUCGUAAUUAUAAAAAAAAAAAAAAAAAAAAAAAAAAACGUAUACGUGAAAUUAUAGCGUUUACGUUUCAUAAUAUAGCAUGCAAUUUAAAAAUGCGAACGAGAAAAAUACUUUGUUAGGGAUAUCGCUGUAAGGCUGUAAAUUGUUUUUUCCUAAUCGCUUCAAAUAAAAAAAAAAAAAAAAAAAAAAUAAAUAAAAUUAUAAAUAUUUGACUCGCGCUGAAAGGCCUAACCUACACAGUAAUACAUUGAUAAUAAAAUGUGAAAAUCGUUUUUCUCGAGUGUCUAAAGGUUAAAGGUCUAAAUGUACAGGUAUUAGUACGCAUGUCGGCCAAAUCCUGUGUUAUCCGUCAUAAAUAUUAAUAAUCAAUGCAUGUGUGUUGUGCAUUAAUAUUGUUCGUAUUUGCUGAUAUUUUAUAAUUAUUUUUUUAAUAAGAAAUGUUACUAAGAGAACGUUAUUGCAUUCUCGUUUGGCGCAAGAACGGCCAGUGUCACAUCUCGUGGCUGCGUAAUUUUCAAAUCGAAUGUACGCGAAUGUCUGUGCGGCAUUCGAUUUGCGCGAAAACUCGGAACAAUUUUUGUGCGGAAACUAAACGAAAAAAAAUAAUCGACAUCGGCCCUGCUCGCGCCAAGUGCUUAGGACCGAUCGUGCGUUGCAUUCGGUAAAGAUACCAAUCGAAAAAUCCGUACAACAGUCGGGGGGCCGGGGAACGUUACGGUCCGUACGGUCGGAAUUUACGCCGACAGCAGCGAGACCGGCGUCGUCCGGCGUGUAUCCGGCCGCGAUCUCCGUUCGGCAACGCGGCUCCCCGGACGCUGCGCGUAGUAUUCGGAAACCCCGUUACGACUAACGGCGCGCGACCACAAUAUCGUUACGGCAACACGAUAUUAUACAUUGGGCGCGUAACGCGGGCGCGAUUAAACGUAACAAAUCGCGGCGUUUAUAUAAAAAAAAAAAAAAAUCGUUUUUUGUUUUUUUUUUUGUUUUUCCGCGCGUUAUCCGUUUUUUGAUCGGCCGAAAUCCGUUCGCGACGAAACGCCCCCGCGGACGACGCCGGGCGGCUCCGUUACACGUCGGAUACCGCGUAGUGUCGUUAAUCGCGUCGCCAAUCGCCGGUCCGCCGGUCUCUGCCGCGCGCAAUCGCCGCGCUCACCCCAUGCGUUUACCCGCAUUUCACUAUCGCGGUUGUCGGUCCGUCAACACGCGCCGCGACAGUCGAACGUUGUUUGUCAACGUUUAACCGCGGCGGAUUUCUCCGGUGCGCGUCUUUGCUGUUGCGGCGGCGGCGGCGCCGAUCUACUCGAUAUUUAUCGUGAAAAAACAAAAUCGAAAACAAACAAACAGCGUACCCGUCAAACCGUUGUGAUAUUUUGUUCGUCACGGCAUGUACAGUAGUACUGUCGGGCGAUAGUGAUUGUGUUUUUUUAUUGUUUUUUUUUUUUUUCUUCUGAAACGGCAUUGGCGGUUAGUCGGGCCAAGAUUCCCCCUUCCCCCCCACCCCAGUCUUAGGUAUUGAUCUCUGUUGGCGCGUGUGUGCAACGCAUCAAGGUCCCCGCCCAGUACCGUGUAUUUCGGACGCGACGCCUUAUCGUCACUCCGGAAUCCGAGACGAUACAAUUACGAUACCGGCACAAUCGGAUCACUCCAAAACUGGAAUAACGAACGAUGGGGCGAUACAGUGCGCGACAUCACGUUAGAUCCCGCAUAGUAGACUCUCGUCGCGAGUACGUCCCGCGUCCGACGGAAUCGUUCGACAAUAUUCUGGACACGAAAAUUCAACUAAACCUUACCACCUUACACCGAAACUCUAAAACCGAUAUUUUUAUGUUUUGUCUCGUCCAAAAGGCGUAUCUUGUAUCUCUUAAAAAUUCAUUGAAAUUUAACAACGUGCAGAAUACCACGUGUAAAUGAUAUAGUUGGACGUGAUGCAGAUACUCGGUACAUUAUCGUACCUACAUAAUAUAUUAAUAUUAUUUUAUUAUAGAACUAUACACCUGUUAGGUACAUUGACCUUCAUCGUAUAAUAUCGUGAUUGAUGUGUGGUAUAAGUAACAAUUUUAAAAUAUUUACCUGUACUAUUAUGAUUCGGUGUCGUCAUUUGAGGGGGAGAAGCCUACUCGUAGAAAUUCGUGUCUGCGUAUAUAGCAUUUAGCCUUGUCAGCUUUAAGUCAGGCGACUUUUAGAUUUUGAAUAUUUUUACCGCAUCACGAUAUGCGUAUGUAUACACAAUCCCGCUGUGUAUAAUAAACAACGGGUUUUGAUGCAAAUAAAAGUAUUAUCCACUUAAUGUUAUUGAACUUUGCAAAUUGUAUUUUGUAUUCUGAGCGCAGUGAGAAAUUCUUUCGGUUUUACUGUGAUGCGCGAUGUUUUUAAAUUUUUCUUUUCUCCGUGUGAACCACUUUUCUACCAGAAAUCUUGCACCGACCGUCCACUUUAUAGGAGUGGUUUCACGUAGAAGAUUGUGUCCGUAAUCGGCGCAUUAAGGUAGUCGUUCUUUGACUGCCUUUGUUGUUUUCUUAAUAAUUAGCGAAAACCGAAGAAAAUUAACGCAAUAACGGUUUUUGUUAUUUUCGAAUUUAUUUUGUGAGCAGGUAAUUCAGUUAAAAUUAAUCAUAGAAACCUGAAAACUAAUCUAUACCUUGGCCGAAUACUGUCAACUGAAUGGAUAUAGAAAAAAACGGACCGAGGAUUUUUUCAACGAUUGCGAGAAUAUUUUCCCCGGGAAUUUUUAUUCCGAUUACCAAUGCCUGACAUUCCUGGUUUGAAUGUAAACCGGGAACGGACGUUUGUAGUUUAUUACACGUUUUAUUAGUUUCAAACGGUUCAUCGCUUGUCUUGUUUAUGAAAUUCAAAUCGUUGAUGAACGUUGUCGCUAACGUUAAUUUGAUUUACCUCUAUACACUCUACCUACUGUAAUUUUAUUCCCGAUCAACACAUAUUAAUAUUAUAUUUCCAUAAUAAUAAUACGCAUAAUCAAACUAACCUAUAAUCGUGUGUCGUUUAAAAUAAUAAUAAUAUUCUCCUUUUGAGUAUUUAUGCGUAAAUUUGUAUACAUUUUAAUUGUGAUUAUAAUCUACAGCAAUAUACUACGGGUUUUCUAAUCAAAUAACUCUGCAAAUAAUUUGCUUAUAAAUAUUGGUUGUUUAUUUCAUGUAUAAUAACUUUAGUAAAACAUACAAACGAAAAAUACUAUUACUUAGUAUUUAGUAAUAGAUAACAAAAAUAUAUAGGUAUCUAAUUUCUUUAAAUAUCUUAAUUCACACUAUUUGCGUCAAUGGAAGGGAGGAGGGCAAUUUGGAUAGUUGCCGUAAUUCAACUAUAAGCUUGUUUUCGACAUUUUGGUUUGUAUCCGGAAUCACCCUGACCUAAGAAAAACAUGUAAAAAAACGUUUUGUUUGCCUUUUGUUCAUAUUCUUAUUAUAUGUUCGUAAUAUUAAUCAUCAUUCGUGUUCCGGGGACAAAUUUUAGAUUUUUCCUAUUUUUCGACCGAUUUUCCUAACUUUUAACUUUUAAAAUUUAAAUGUAACGAAAAUAUGUAGCCUAUAAUUUAGACACCUAUUUUUUAGGAGUUGUAAAAAUCUGAAAUGCCUAUUAAUAAUGGACAAUAUUUCAGAAAAUCGAUACUAUCGUAUCGCUUUUCUGCACUAUGUUUAUGUUGUUGAUAAAGAACCUUUUUUCUCAACUUUCGGCAAACUGGUAAGUUUACCCCAGUCUAUCAAACAUUGAAAUUACGGCAAUGUGAUUUGGACAUCGUUUUUUUUUUUAACUAAGUUACUUUUAAAGAUAUAAAUUCGAAAAGUAACCUUAAGAAAUUAAAUUAGAACGAAGACGUACUUAAAAUGUAUUGUUAAUUAUAAUUAUGCUUUUUUUUUUUCAAUUUUUGUCAACUAAAACCACGGGAAAUAUUAAAUGCAUUGUAUCAAUUUCUUAUAUUUAUAUAAAUAUUAUUAUCAUUUUCUCUCCUCUCAUUCCAAUACUUGUUCAUUGUUUCAAUAUGCUAUUGCUGCUCUCUCUCUACUGUCCACAAGGCGCCUGUAUUUUUUUUCCGUUUCCGCCAAAUGCUUCGGAACGAUGUUUGUAGUAGCUUUUGGAGUCUAUUUCUGGUUUGUGUAUCGUCUUCCCUUAUCUCCAUUUCUGAAUAAUCUUUCUUGACUUCCCUGAACCAUAAACCAUAUACUAUUUGUGUCUUGUGAUAUUUCAAAAUAUUUUUCUUUGGAAUCAAAAAGUCGUUUGGUCAAUCUAUCCGCAUUCAUUAUUUUUAAUUGUCCGUACAAUUUUACUCUCUUUUCACGCAUCGUGUCAUAUUAUUUCAGUUUUCACAUAAAUUCCCUUAUUGUUUCUCAAUUUGUUAAAUCGGCAUUUAUAUCUAACUCAUCCUUUUAAUUUCUGAAUGAAAUUUCUGUAAAUGGAAUCGUAAGCUUUUUAAAAAUAAACGAAUGUGAUGUAGAGAAGUUUUUUCUAAGUUUUACUGUUGUAUGAUGAGCUUUAAGUUUAUAAUUUGUUCGGUAUACGAUCUUCGUUUUCUGAAACCUUUCCUAAAUUCCCACAAUAGAGUAUCUAAUGGACUUUCAAAUAUAUUUUGGAGAGUUUUUGAUUGUAUUUUGUAAGUCAUUUGUAAUAAUGCCUCUAUAGUUGGUAUGGUCUGUUCGUCUCCUUUUUUUUUAAAUUGUGCUAAUAAGGACUGAAAUCUAUUCUAUCAGGAUUUCUUCUAGUUCCCAAAUUCUCUUAAACGACUCUUCAAGGUUUUUUAUGUAACCUUGUCGACUAGUUUUCAAAUCUCUGUCAAUAUUUCAUCCUUUUCUGGUGACUUUUCAUUCUAUAAAAAUAAAAUAUUAAUAUAGCUUGUCUUGUAAUAUAAAAUAUAAUAAACUACGGUUUACGUACACUUAAAUAAGAAUAUUAUCGAAAAUGAUUGAAUGUUUGUAAUCCUAAAUUCUACUUAUAAGGUAUAUAACUUACUAUAAAAAAAAAUUAUAAUAUUCAAAACACUUAAUAUUUUAUACAGUUAAUAUAAUCACUAAACCACUGCAUGACGAUAUCCUUGACAAGGAAUGGAAGUUUAAUAAUGUAAGUCUGUAUAGGAAACAGUUGACGUGUAUAAUAUUAUCAUAAUUUAUUAUGUUUAAUUUAGACUUUAGAAUUUAGAUAAAUAAUUAUUAUAAGUAGACAAAUCAGUUAAUUAAUAUUAUGUUGUUUUCGAACAUUCCUUUUAUUUUAUUUUUUUUUUUUGGACAUUCUCAUAAAAAAUAAUAUUAAUUGCCCUAUAGUUAAUCGUACUUGUGCUGAGUUUCGAUGCACUUUGCAUUGUUUUUCAAAGCUUGCUUUGCGAUACUCAUAUUAUUACAAAUUCGUUAUACUAAUGUACUUUUGAAUGAGGGUAACAAUUUUCGAUAUUAAAAGUAAUUUUUUAGAGCAUUUUAGAGUUAGGGGGGGUUCAUUUUUAGAAUUGUUCUAUCCAAAAUUCGAAUUUUAAAUUAAAUUUUAAGAUUUGUUCACGCUAAUAUGAUUUUUAUGCACGAACUAUUAAAUAGCUGGUACUCGUAUUAUAGAGCGAUGAUACCGUUAGAUAAACGUCUCGAUACCGAUCAGUAAAGCUUCAACAAAUUAAAAAAUCUCUUAAGUCGAAGAUGUCCAGUUCUGUCCUUAAAACUUUUUAAAAAUCAUUUUCAAGUAUAAUUUAUACAGAGAUUUUUUUUUUAAAAAAAAAUUGGUAUAUUAUUUAGCGUUUUUAAGAAUAAAAGCACAUUUUUUUUUUUUAGGAUGUUUUAUAGGGGAUCGCAUUCGCAGUCCUACUGAUAAUUUAUAGGUGUAUAUAAUUCAAACGACCAAUGAUACAUUAUUGGUAUGGGUGUGUUAACGCUGUGUAAACACUAAACGCUAAACUGUACAAGUGCGCGAAUAUCUGAAGAUAAAACAAUAAUAAUACACGUUAUACUAAUACAAUAAUACACGUUCGAGAUUAGAAUUUUCACUAAUACGUAUAAAAAAUAGAUACCCAAUGAAUUACCAUAAUGCCGUACACAAUAUCUGUCUCACAAUACGCGCAGCUCUAAUAUUAUUGCGCGUGUGUGGUACACCUAUAGAGUUAUAUAGACUAGUCUUUUUAUCAUUUUUUUUUUUUUUUUUUUUUAUAUCAAACGCAUGAUUUUCAGUUCUCUAAACCGUAGUGCAAUCGCGUAAAUUCUCUUAAUACAACGUUAUCGCCACACGGGCGUACUGUACAAUAUUUUUACGCGCAUGACACGGUGUACAUCACGUGCACGCGGUCGGUCCGGUCUAUAGUUUACAGACGCGUAAUCGCGCGCGGCGGGUCCUCAUCCGAACGUACCUAAUAACGCAAUACGCCCGUCCGCGCGGCGUUUAAGGUACUCGUGCGGCGUGUUAUUACGUUUGCAUAGCAAUCGUAGUAAUGUAUCGGUUGUAAAUGGCCGUGCGAUUAAUGAAACACCGAAAACGCGUGCACGGGCGUUACGCAUACGCACCCGACAAUAUCUCACGACCUUUCUUCGUAUGCACGCGCGCACGUAUUUUGUGUUCCGUUUCGGUUUUAUUGCGAUUCGGCGGCCCGUGUCGCGUCGUACGGCGGGCGGGUCCGGCGCAGGCCGCGGUCACGUGACGGCGUGCGUGAAAAACAAUUAUCGUUUUAUUGAAAAACAAACAAAAAAAUAAUAAUAAUAAUAAAUUGUACGACAUCCCGGUACUCUGUAUCCUAAUAUAUUUGCGCGCUGUCGUUAACGCGUAGUGUGCGUACGCCGAUGACGGAUUGCCGGCGUGCGUGUGUGUGUGUGUUUUGAAAACGAUUAUACGGAUUUCGCUGUCUGGACACGGCGUUAUAACAUCCCCAGUCGCGUAGUGAACGCUGUCUAAUUAGUAAUUACUAUUAUAAAACAACGUGAACAACACGCAUUUCGCGUAUUUAACCGAUAACGAUAGUUUAUCGAAUGCUGCGUACUACAGGUGUCAUUGAUUAUUAUCGAAUCUCAUAAAACGUAUACUGUUACAAUAACAAUUGCAUUAGGUUCGGUUAGGUUUUCUUCCCCGCACAAUCGCCACCGAGCCGAGGCGGACCCCGCGUUCAGACAUCGUUUCCUCCGGUCCGGCACACAUUCCUCGUCGGAACCGUCGGCCUAAGGGAGAGGCAGCGCUACCGAACGCCUGCCUCGCCCUAUUAUCAUCUUCCUCCCUCGCCACAAUGGCUUCCACCGCGGCGGGGAAGGUCGCCGUACAGCGGACCGCCGCGUACGCCAUCCUAGCGGCGUCGAGGGGCGCAGGCUCACUGGCCCGUAAAGGUCUAUGACGUCCUCGGGGCGAGGAUCUCGCCCCCCCCCCUCCCGUCACAACAAGGAACCUCCUAAUGCCGCUUCUCUCCGCCGCCCGUUGAGGGCACCUGAAGGUCGUGUGCUCGGCGGUGUCGUCCGCAAUAAACUCCGGGCAGCCGCUCGAUCCGGUGGAGGUAAUGACCGACACAUCCAUGACCGGUUACGACCUGCGUCAGAUGGCACAUUACCGGUCACACCUCUUUACCGGACCAUCGAGGUUAGGCGAACCUAACCUAUUAAGUGUACUCUACCAUUUUAAUUUUUAACUAUGACAAAUCGAUUUAAAACUAUCAAUAUACCGUCGCACGAUGUAUUUUAUUUUAAGAGGAUGUCCUACCCGCAUGUGCUGUCACCGCCAGGCAACAUAUUAAAAUAAUUACGUUAUUUAAAACAUAAAUUUGUGGAAUUUACGUUAAAUUAGAAAUUAAACACAUACAACACAAUUUAAAGAAGACAAAAUUUCUGAUAGAUAGCUGUACAGUGUACGUAUCUUUUUCUAAAAAUUAUCCUAAAAAAUAAUGAUUAUAACCAGGUUAAUUUUCGUUUUUUUUAAACAGCUGUAUCUUGGCAGGCCUUCGGAAAUAUUCUUCUCUUUAAAAUGUUGUUGUUUGUGUUAAAACUCCAAUUUCAACUUGAACCCCACGAUUUGUAUUUUCAAAUAAUGUACAUUUGCUAUAUGUUGCCCGUCGACAGUUCCAGUAAAUGUGGAUACAACGGUCUCUUAAACAAAUAACUUUGUAAUACCUAUAAUUUAUUAUUCAUUAUUUUCUUUAUUAAUUACACAUUCAGAGUAACACAUUUUUAAAAAAAAACAAUUUUUUUAAUUUACAUAUUCUUGUAUAGCUGCGCAGUUUUUACAAAUGUUUUUUGAUUUGGUGUAUAAUUGUCGAUUAUGAAUCAAUCAAUACGUGUAUAAUAUGUUUGAUAUUUUUGUUGAUAGUAGUAGAAGUAUACAAUAACUAAAGCCUAAUCUGCAAAUAUCCUCCCUAGAAUUUCAUUCCCCCCUUAACAAAUAUAACUGUCAAUAAACCGUAUUUGUUAAAUGUACAAUACCAGAUUUUACAUUUAAAUGACCGAGGUAAAAAAUGAGCACCACUCCAAGAAAAUAAUCUGGAUUGAACACUGCUAUUAACUAAACUACUUUUCGUUUAGAACGAAAAAAAAUAGCUGGGACGGUAGGAAGGUAGGAUAUAUAGAGUUAUUUAGUAAAUAUCUGUAUUCUAUAUGCAACGAUAAGUCAUUUCUAACGAAAUACUAUUCUAGUCGCAGUUCAGAUUAAAAUGUUUUGAAAUGUCGCAAUUUGUAUAGUUAUAUUUACAAUUUUCAUCAGAAUUUAAACUCAAUAAAUAUUUUUAAAAAAAACUACAUUACGUUCAACUUUUUUUUUUUAAUCACUAAGUACAACUUAUAAUUUUAAUCUCGUUUAAAAUUGUCUAGAAUUUCUGUUCAGUCAAAACAAUUUUAUUAGCAUUAAACCAAAUACAAACCAUAAAAUCUAUAGAACAUGUCAAAUGUUCAUAAAUAAUUAAAAAAUUACCACAGUGUUUUAACAUUUAACUAACUCAAAAAAAGCCAAUAAAAGUAUUCUUUGAAAAUUACCGGUCUCCACGAUUAUUUUUGACCGAAUUACAAAAAAAAAAAAAACAAAACAAAAAAAAACCAUAAAUAAUGAAUCCAAUUAUUUCCAUAAACUUUCCAAUUUUUUCUACGGGUUUUCCUAGUUAUUGAGAAAACUGUAAAGAAAAAAGUAUAAGGAAAAUCAACUUAAAUAUACCAACUACUCGUAGAUCCAAAAAUGCUAUGGGAAAGCUUUCGUCAUUUUUUGAUUGGAGCAAAAUUUUUUUUUGGCAGAAAAGUUGUUUAAAGACAGAGAAAAUCACACAUUUUUAGUAAAACCAAUACUUUGCACUAAGAAUCAAACAAGUUUUUGUGUAUAUUUGUGUUCUAGCGGGUUUUCUUAACAUAAAUAUUAUAUUAUACUUAAUUUUAAAUUAAAUACUUUUUUCUAAGCAAUUUUUUAUAAAUAUGUGAUUUUGUACAAUUAUAUUAUAAUGCCGGUUCUGCUUAUUUACGACAUUUAAUACCUAAUCACGAACCUAUACCGACCCUAUUAGGUAUAGAGGUUACACAAUAGUGUAUCCAACCUAUAUUUUUUUUUGUUUUUCUCAAUUUAUAUUAUAAUAAUAUAGCUCACAUAAACCCACGAGUUUUAAUGUACAACAACAAAAUUAUAAUUUAUAAUAUUAUGUAUUUAUGUAUUAUUACAAAAUUGUAUUCUUUAUUAUAUUAUAUAUGUGUUUCCGAAUAAUCGUAAUAUUACAAGUUUGUACAAGUCUAAUAAAUCAGUAUCGUAUUUAAAGAUAGAGAUUAAGGAGUUAUGAAUUUUUUUACUAUUUAUUAUUUAUAUGACCGCAUUUUUAAACUCAAACUUUUUAAUCAAACACGUGUUUAUACCUAGUCAAUGAUAAUCGGACAAUAUUGGUCCCCGACCAAUUUUUAUAUUGAUACCAAAUGUUUAAACUGCAGGAUAAGGUAAGAAACGAAUUUUGAUCGGUAAUAAUUAAUUAGGGCGGCCAUUUGUCCCGAUAAAAAAAAAAUAAUAGUUUUUUUUUUUUUCAAAUGUUUGUAGUGUAUUUUAGUGGAUUUCAUAUCCGUUUUUAAUUUCACGUCGAUGAAUUAUAAUCAUAAAAUAAUCAUAUUAUAUAUUUUCUUUAAAAAUAUUUGUUUAACAUUGUAUUUAUUUUCCCAGUUUUUCGUUUUUCUCAUUUACCGAGAAACAUCCUGGGAAAAUAAAAAAAUCGCCUCCGUGAGGUGUACCUCCCCGGUCAGAUUUCCUCCCGGCAAAUGUGCUACCGCGUGUAAACCAGAGUUGGCGGAAAGUCGUUCGCGGAAAAAAAAAAAAAAAAAAAAAAAAAAAAUCAAACAUCAUUGUAAAUCCAAUAGAUUCCACUGGAUCUAAAAAUCCAAUGUGCGUAGCGUGUUGUAAAGAACCACCGUGUGUAUGUUUGAACGGCGCAAUACAUACAACAAUGAUAUUAAUUACGAUCGCUCGGCGCGAGGACGGAACAUUAUCUCGGUGUCCGUCCUUACCCUCGUCGAACACAUGGCGUUCGUGAAUACGAUAAUAUUGUAAAGACGCGGAACGCAGUAAAACCCUCUUCCGAAACACAAUGCGCACCAAUCGGCGUCGUCGGUCGGUUAGUAUUACGGCGUAGUCGAACCAACGACCCCGAUGAGACGGUAAUCCGAAAACCGGCGUCGCCGUCGUCGUCGUCGCCGUCGUGGCGUUGUAGAGGCGGUUUUGAUAUUAUACUUGGGUGUAACACGACGUACGGGGUGUUCAACACGGGCGCACCACUCCGGGAAGUAUCAGAUUUUUUUUCUCGGUAUUUAUUUUUUCUAAAUAAAUCGGUUCUUUAGAAAAAAAAAAAAAAAUUAAAAAAUUGGUUACUUUACGCCCAGGCGCGUACACACAAAAAAAAAAAAAGAAUUUUUAGAGAGAGCGUUCACGAAAAAAUGUACCAUAAUCAAUAACGUUAUCUAUAUUAUCAAUAUUUAUAAAAAAAAAAAUACUAAAUUGAUAUAAAUAAAUUACACGACUAUUGACGGGGGUUUGACGGGAUAUCCCACACUCGAGUUUUUGUCGUUUUCCCGGUGGAUACUGUACAGGGACAGUGUAGUGGAACAUCAUUUGUGUGGCGGCGCGGCGUUUGAAUGGUGCUACACCCUGUAUAACGGUGCAUGCAACGUCGUAGUAACCCGACAAGCAACGCGUUUGGGCGAAUCGACCCGAAAUUCAUCGCGCGCUCGCGUAAAAAACGAAUACGACGUUUGAGUACGCUGUAUUUUUUUAUUUUUUUAUUUUUUUUUAUCUAAAACAACGCGACAAUACCGAUAACCCGGCCCAUCUGUCGGUUCAAUCACGAUACCGUUUCAAGGAUAAUACGAGCCUAGAACCCGGUCGACGAACAACCGCGACGGGUUUCGGAUCACGCUGCAACGGAGAGGGGCGGAAAGGUCACGGGAAAUCGAAAGUAAUCGUUCCGAAAUUGCGAACCCAAACGUGCUGUCAAUACCGCUGCUAGAGCCACGGUCGGGGCCCCACUCGCCCGCACCCGAUCCGAAUUUAAAUUUGAAUUUUCGCGAAUUUCCGUCGUGCCGGUUGUCGGGCCCCAACGCGUUUACUACGGUCCAACGAGAAAAUUCUCUGCGACAAAAACCGCGCGCACUCCCCCCCCCAGUACCCCGUCCGCCGUCGGCCAACAAUUGUCGGCUUGCGGCGUCGGCGUUGCACCGCGCACAAAUCGGUGUACGCUCGAACCGCCUCUGCGGCGCGUAAUAAUAUUUAUUAUCGUAUUGACGUUGGAUAAUAACAUUAUCUACGAAUUAUUACGACACGGGUUAUCGAUCAGCGCAUAGUGCGUAAGCAUUGCGCAUAACAACCGGCGUCGUCGUGGUAGCCGUUUAUGUACGCCGGCCGUGAUUCAUAGAAAGAAAAAAACAACAACAAAAAAAAAAAAAAAAAUCAAAUCUGAAUAAAUUCGAUAUUAUUAUUUGCGUUAUAAAAAUAUCGCGUAUAUUGUGCAUUGUUCACGGUUAAAGAAAACCCUAUACCUAGCCGUGUAAUAUUAUCACAAACGACUCCGACGACGGUUCUCACAUAAUAUCGGCGGCUGUAAUUCGCGUGACGUCACCGUCCACCGCGAUAUUAUGGCUGUUGCGUCCGUGGCCGCCGUCGUCACUCCGUUUGUUGCGCACACACACACACACACGAGCGCGCGCACAUUUGUGGCACCACCGGUGUAGUGUACACCGCCGCCCGCGUCUCGGUCGCGUCGCGUCAGUGAGAUCGGUAGCGCGCGCGUUUCGUUGCGUGUAGUUUGGCCGCUCCGCUCGGCUCGCGCUCUCGCGCACGCACACGCACGUGUAACCGUACACGAGUACACGAGUACACGCGUGCGCGAUCCUCGGCACAACGGUUUCUAUCGUCCGAACGACGUCGCCGUACCGUCCCCGUGCUGCGUGUGUGCCACCGAGCCCGUCAGUCGGCCAUGGUUUCUUGACGCGCGAGUAGCCUGCCGCGCUACCAGUACUACAGCACAAUAACAAACACACAAAACGUCCGUGUAGUACAACGCCGAACCACGGACCACCACCGCCACCAACUGCAAACGGCGCCGCCACCUAUAAUUAUUAUUAUCAUUAUUAUAAUUUUUUCCGUUGUCGUCAAAACCGUUUGGGUUUUAUUUUUCCCGGAAACAUUGUAUCCCGUCGUGUCUCGCUCUGCCGCAGACGCCACGGUCCGUACGGUCCUGUCGCAGCACAGUGCGACCGUUUGUUUAUGCCGUCUGUCCCGACGAUAAAAACAAUAUUUCCCGCGUCGACCGAUUCGAUAUCCGUUUCGUAAAACAAUACACCCGAUAUGUGCGAGACGACGCCAUUUUAUUGUUGUCAUUGAAACACCGCGCGCGCGUGUGCGUCUCGUUUGUUCGUCCCGCGUGCGUAUACCGGCCGGCCGGCCGGCUUCUGUUGCUGCUGUUCCGCUCCGUAACGACCGUCAGCUCAUUCACGCUCAAUUCGUCUGCCAACGUCUUGAUCCGCCGUCGCCGUCAUGUCUAAGGUCAGUUUGAAAACUCGUACGAAAACCGUGUGUCGGUGCGCCGCCGUGCACCGACGCGAAGGCCGCGGAAAAGGGGUUGGAGGGUGUAUUUUAUCGAUAAAAUAUCGGCAACGUGCGCGUGCUGUAAAAUAUAAUAAUAAUAAUAAUAUAUAAUCUCUUGAUAACGAAAUUCAGGGCGCGCCUUUAUUGCUAUACGGUAUUUUUUUUGGCUCUCGAUCAAACCCUAGUCGUCAUCAUUAUCAUCAUUAUCAUCGUCGUCGCCGUUGAGUUCGGGUAUACUAAAAUUAGACGCCGGCGUGUGGCGCACCGCGUUAGCCAUCGAUUCGCAACCGGUGCAUGGUGUACGCGCAAUAAUAAUAUUAUUAUUACAUUGCGUACUACAUCAUUUCGAUAUUGUUUUGUAACGUUAUUGUUGUUGUGAAUAUAAUAUGAAAGUGUGUGUGCAGGGCGGUCGGAGGUGGGUACGAUCGAACCAUCGCCGCCGCCGCCGCCGCCGUCACCAGGAACACGCGGGUACCCCCGGUAGUAACCGACAACCGUAUAACGGACAACCGAUAUAUUAUAAUAUAGUAUAGUACAAUACGGGAGUGUCAUACGCGAAGAUUUAUUGUUAUUCGCGAUCGGUGGGAGUAACGAAAUCGGUAAAAAUCUCCCGGGACGCCGCGCGACUGUUGCAGCGAAUCCAAUCGCCUGGAUUUCGCAAACGUUGAUUGAUAACGCUUAUCGGCGCGGACCGGACAGCGAUUUCUUUUAUUAUUUUUUUAUUUUUUUUUUCUGCGCCAGCGACGAGUGGGUUACGCGACCGUUCGCGGCGGGCAGGUGGGAGACGCUCGCGAUUAGCCGUGAGCGUUGUUGUGUAGUACGUUUGUUUGUACGUAUGUAUGUUUGUUUGUUUGUUUGUGUGUGAAAACACCCGAGAAACGAGGCGUUACGGUUGCCGACGUCGCCGCCGCCGCCGUUUCUCCGGCCCGUUCGAAUGCGACGGCGGUAUACGGGUCGGCUCCGACGCGGCGCGGUGUACCGGUUCGCGGUCGCGCGCGCGCCCGUUCGAUUGGACGUCGAUGCCGUGUCGUUAUCGUGUUAUUGUCGCGUCGUCGAAAGCGCGACUUUCGACCGGCCGCAGGACCGACGGCGAAACGAUAAUAUCUCAUCGGGAUCGGUCGUUAUUCGCCGUGUAUCGCGUGCGUGUUCGGGAACGUAUUCCCGCUACGUUGCGCCGUCGAGUCGGUUGUCCGUCUGUACGUAACGGACACGACCUCGGCGCAUCGGGACCCGUCAAUUCGCCCCUACCCCGUUUUUCAUUCUUUCGUGCGCGAUAUUCCGAAUUCGCCCCGUCGUUUGGCCGGCGGAAACGCGCCCAGAGUCGACGACAGCGAACGUCGUUUUUAUCAUCCCGUUCGUCUGUCCGCGCGCGAGAUACGCCUCGCGUGUCUCGUUGUCGUUCGCCGUUAUUCGGCGACAAUAAUCCACGCAGGGACGCACCGAACACCGUUAAUGUUCAUUGACGCCGAAUUCGUACACGAUUUUUUUCUUUUUCGAUUGCGGUUAAACUUUACAUCCUGUCCGCGAACGGAUGACCUGGAAUUCAACUGCCGGUUACUGUUUUGUCGGUUAACACUUGCCGUUUCAUUUCGGUUUAGCUAUACUAUUAUCGUUUUCCAAACGUUUCGACUCCGGUACAGGUACGUUUUGUACAGAUUAGGUCGCUGUUUAUCUUCAAAACAGAUCGAUCCGGAGACGGCGAUUUGCUUUAUCAAUAUUCGUAGUUUUCAGUUUUAAUAAUACUGUGCGGUUUUUCUCACGGCAACAAUUUUGAACGUUUCGUCAGAUAAACGCCCGCGUCUAAAUACAUAUACUAGUGAUGGGCGGGACCGACCGGUUUCGACUGUCGAUUGUCGAUCGACAAUUGAAAAAACAACCGAGUGAUUUUUUGUCGAUCGAAUAGACCGUUUUAUCCGUCGAUUUGUUUUGAAAACUGUCGAACGAAUCAGUCGAUGGUUUUCGUUCGGUAGUAGCACCCGAUGUUUUUGACCGGACAGUUUACCGAGUGUUUUCCACCCGAUAGUUUUUUUAAAAACAACCGAGUAAAUAGAUAGUUUAAAACUAUCGAGUGGUGCGAUAGUUUUCACUCGGUAGCGUAGUACCCAUCGCUGCUAAAUACCUUCGGGUACUUGUGGGAGCUUUGCUGUGCCCGCUGUAAAUUAUCGUUAUUUUCAAGUAGCCACUGUAUACGAACGAGUAUGUAUUGGGAACGACAUUAAACUCGAGUUUAGCGGUAAUUGAACUCCGAGAUUAUAAUUCUAUAAACCCAACAGAUUUUGAUAAGGCCGCCCGAGCCGGAGGUUUCGAAAAGUUCAAUAACCAAACGACCAACGAUUAUUCCUUAAUCGCAUUAAGUUUUAAACCGUAGUAUACCGUGCAUAUAUUUUAAUCGGGUGUUUUUUUCGCAACGCACGUUAUCGUGAAAACUGUUAAAAUAAAUAAUAGGUACGCUUCGACAAUGACCGAAGGAAAAAAAAAAAAUUGCGUUUUGGUUCGCGCAUUGUGUUAUCGCGUCGAAUGAUUAAUGGCUAAGCACUGUUAUUCGGUAGAAAUAACGAUAAUGUCCGGGAUUAAUGCUUUCGUGUUUGUAUAGAUAUAUUUAUUAUUAUUAUUAUUUUUUUUCCUAUGGAAAACACUUCAACAUAUAUCUAACUAAAAAACCAAACACGGAGAAAACCGAUAUUUCGAGUUAAACAAACAAACGUUGACAGGCGUUGGCUCGGCCGAAGAGUUUGAUUUUUGAUAGUCGCGUUUGACAUAUUGACAUUUUCCAAGUGCGUACUUUUAUUAUUAACGUCGGCGACGGUGAGGAAUUCGCUAAUCUCGAGGUGAUGUUCUUUGAAAAAACAAUAAUCUAUGCCUCGGCACCUCGGAUAGGUUAGGCGACUUGAAUCCUCGGCGCCGCGGCCGUCCAAAAUUGAUUUCACGUAGUCUUUACGGCAUUAUUCGACGAAAUCCACUUUACAACAGCAUUGGCGGGCGAUUGUUUUGAUCAAAUUUCUGGCGAAUGUGUUGCGCACGGUAUAUACAAUAAUAAGUGACGGCCGCAUUUUUAAAAAUAAAAAAAAACGAUUCUUUUAACGAGUUUCGCAAUAUUUUAUUUAAAAGAUAAUAAAUUACACUCGACGGCAAUUAGCUCAGCACAAAAGUACACGAAACGGCAGAAGAAUUUAAUUGACUGGCCGCCUUCAUAAAAAAUAAUAUUGUCUUUGUGCACACACAUGUGUUAUUUGUAGGUAUUCAAAGGCCUUCACGUCCGUGUCGUUUCCGUAAAUAUCAUGUAAUAAUUAUGGUUUUUUUUUUUGUAGGUUUACUUGUUACGCACUACGCUUACACCACACGUUUAAUUUGUUUAUUUUUAACGUCCCGUAAUUUUAUUUUAUUUUCACGGUCUCCCUCCUCGGGUCUACGUGUCCCGGCCUCGGUGACGGGCGCUUCCGGACAGUGCGUACUGUCAACGAUUUCCGAUAGUUUGGAUUCGCUUUCGGGACAUGUUUUCCCCGUAACCGCCGAACGCGCGUCGUUUAUUCGGAAAAGCGAACGGGCGAUUCGGACAGUAUUUUCUCCGCGGCCGAGAAUGGUUUUCCGUCCGUGCUGCACUCAUAUGCGGUCGAUCAUCGAAUAGUUCGACAGUGACCGGUUCGGUUGUGCUCGUCGUUAAUCCGAACACGCGGAAAAUCGGCCCGACCUAACCCCGAAAUCGUUAUUUUGGUAUACGGCCGAUUCCGAUUCCGAUAAAUCGGAACGUGCGUUGGCAAACCGGCCCGUGUUCAUCAUUCGCAUUGAUGUCGAACGUGUCGAUUAUUAUCCUGCCCGAUUCAAAUAUACCGUACAGAUACCUGCAUAACAUAUUAUAUUGUAUACAAAAUACAAUUACUUGUAUAGUAUAGUAUUUGUUUCUACCCGCACUUACUCCGAUAAUUUCUCUAAAAGUUACGAAUUUGCCCGAUAAUUAUAAUUGCCUACCUAUUAUCGAUACGGUUCGGGUGAUAAUAUUGCAAUGAUUAUUACAUUAGAAUUUUUUUUUUUAUGAAUUAACGUCUAAAUUUUUUUUUGUUUUUGUUUUUUUCCAAUUUUGUAUCCUGCUCGUAUAGUCGAAAAGUUACGGUCGUGUUGGGUACCCAUUACAGUUUCACUGUAAUAGACGUGUGCCGUUUUUGUUCGAAAAACACAUUUUGUUCAGUAGUAACAAUGCACAGGAUAUCGUUCACAUGAUGCAUCGCGUGUGUAAGGGAUGCGACGGAUAUUCGCCCGGCGGUACUUUAUUUGAAAACGAAUUUUCUAGAUUCAAAAUUGUUCAGAAUUGUUUUUCGGCCCCAAUUGUGGAUCGUUAUUAUCAAUGUGUAUACACACAAACUACAUUGAUCUCUUUCUCUCUCUCUCUCUCUAUAUAUAUAUAUAUAUAUAUUAUGUACUAUGCCUUUUAAACUCCAUACACACACACACACGACAGUGGCCUACCCAUGGUCCGAAGUGUGUGUUAUUCUUUUUUUUUCGUUUUUUUUAUGUCAGUUUUUGUUCCGUGAAAAUGUAAUCUCUAUCGGAAUCCGAAGUGUUAAAAACGAUUUGUGUUACUGGCCGCACGGGGUCGGUACAAUACAUAAUAUAUUUAAGUGUAGUUUUGUUAUUCCGCGCGCGUGUUACAUGAAUUGUUGUCGUUUCAUAAUAAUUAUCAUCUUCUAACGCACGUCCUUGUACUGCUGUUGUUGUUGUUGUUGUUGUUGUUGUGGUGAUAAAUGAUUACGUUACGAUGCAUCGGCCGGUAAACAAAUAAUUUGAAAAUUCCGAAGACCCGCAGUUCACAUUGGUCUCCUCCCCCCCCCCCGCCCGUUUACGCGCAUUACGACACUAUCGUUUUCCAAACGAAUCGACAUUCCGCGUUUGAAAAACAUAAAUUAACAGCAGCGAUCAAUAAUUAAUAAAAACGAAUAACACGCGUAGUAUCGAGUUCGACAAAUCAGUUUCGAUUUAGAUAUCCGCACAAGCGUGCGCCGUCGAUUAAUAUUUGUCUUGUUUAUUGCUGUUUGAUAACGUGCGUUCGUUCAGCAUCGACGUUGCACUUUGGUCCCGAUAUUGUUAUUGUUAUUUAUUGCGUGAAUUCGAAUUGCGAAAUUUCUAAUUAUUGAGUAACGAGACAAUGGCGCGGACAAAGAGACGGCGAAAAUUCUCAUAAGGCGUACUACUGUUGUUAUUAUUCAUUAUUUUUUUUUCCCCGAGUAUGAGCGCGCGCCGCGAUAUCGCGAUAUAUAACGCCGCACGCGCAAGUUUUUCGUCGCGAUAAUAGCACGCUAGUGGUGUUAUCGAAGUGCGCUCGGAACGCGUUUAUCGUCCGCGAUAUUAGUUCCCCUCAAUAUUGUCCCCCCGUCGGUACUCGACCGCGGAUACCGCCAAAUCGCGUCUUACCUCCUCGGGGUUGUCGGUCGUCCAAGUAUUCCGUUUACCGCGGCCGUUUUUCACGCGGAGUGGCGCGGACAUGCCCGCCCGAUAACAACGUUUUUUUCCGGCGAUCCGGUAAACCGGUCGCCACUCGACACGGUUGGUUGCGGUGGCACGUCGGUUUGUUCACCGUGCGGUGUUGCGGUGUUAUUUCGAAUUUCGCCGCCCGCGGUUACCGAAGGCGACCGCGCGUGCGUAGCGUUCGUGUUGUUCGCCGAUUCCGCGGACACUCUGGUUGUCGGAAAACGUUUCCGGAGUUGUCGUCGCGCAACACGCUGUAAACAAUGUCGCGGAAAACGGCGUGUUCGUUCGUUUGACUGUGUACUGUGUAGGUAGCGACCGGAUCGCCGGAAACUGCGUCGCCGAAACGCCCUUCUUAAAUAUCGACCGAAAUAAAACCGGAAUAUUCCGUGAGGGGGGGGGAGGGAAACGAAUACGAACACCCAUAAUAUAUAAAUAUUAGAUAGCAAGUACGGCGUUUAGGACUUGGGACGGAAUGGGACGAGGAGUGGCGGGGAGGACCGGGAGUUUUGAGACGGCCGAUUUUCAGUCGGUUUUCAAAAUGUCAACCCCAAUCGCGUACGCAUAAAACUCGCGCUUUUCUUAAACGGAAACGACUAUUUUUGUUAACAACCGAUUCGAAUUGUUUUGUUUUAUUAUUUUCAAGCGACUUUGACGAAUGCAAUUUGUUUUCCAAUCACGAAAAUUGCAAUUUACGUCUAAAAAAAUAACAUUUUUCUUCGGUUUAAAAAAAAAAAAAAUGUGUAGAUAUAACACGCAUUAUAUUGUGUAGGUAUAUUAUUUCAUGUGCGUGCAAUAUUAUGAUUAUAUUUAUUCGUAAUUUGUUUUUCUCAAUAAAACAAGAAUCGGUAUUUCUCGAGAUAUUUCUUAACGUUUAAAGUCGUGCGUUUGAAAAUUGUUGAAUUAUUGAAAAUCGGAUCCCAGGAUUUUUCUUAAAAAAAAAAAAAAAAAAGCCCUUUUGAAUUGAGUGAAACGUUAACGCAAUACUUCCCACCAGCAUUUCUUGAUUUCUCGAAUAUUUCGUUGCGUUUCUUGUUUUUAUUAUUAACGUAUCGUGUGAUGAUAACAACAAUAAUAAUAAUAAACGUCUAAAUAUUAUAAUCAAUAGUGAAAUAACGGAAGGAAUAUUAAUAAAUUAUUUAUAUCACGCGAGCGAUAAAAAGAAGACAACCCUCCCCCCCUUCAUCACGCUUUUUACACGCAGCGUCCCAUAAAAUAUGUAAUACGGCGCGCGGAUAUCGCACGCGGAAUAUCUGAUUUUCUAUUCAUCUUCACCCAAUAAAUUAUUGCACACUCACUGUUCGGUUCUCCGUGCGUUAUUGUUUCGUAUUCUUUCGCGAGUGUCGGCGUAUCGUUUGUAAUUUUUUUUUUUUUUAAAUAAAUCUCUGUUCUUUAACAGCGGACACGAUUCCCGCGCGCGCGCUUGCGCAUUCGUACAGGAGUGUCUGCACUGCGGGGUCCGAGCACCGCGAACGAAUGCGAAUUCUGUUGACAUUCUGCCGUACCGUUGUUUUGUACGCCGGUGGCUUAUACACGUCCGUACGCAGCCCGCCCCCGUCCUCUUCGCGUCGCUUCUGCAAUCUGCGAGCGUGUCAUUUACACAGCGGUGUCUUUGUAAUUCGAAAAUCGAAUGUACCGUUCAAAAAUUGCAUUUCCGCAAAUCCAAACUAAUUUUAUUCGCAGGCCUGUUCCGGCUUCCUCCGCCGCCGCGAGACUGUGUCGCGUGUGGUAUCUCUCUCCCUCUCUCUGUCUGCCUCUCCGGUAAGAAGUUUAAAGGCCUGUGAAUUUUUCGUUUUAGUUCGCGAUUGCGAACGAACGAGCCAACACUACAGCAAUGUCGGCAGAAUGCGAUUCAAACCGAACAAACGAUUCGUUUGACCAUUCGCUCCUUUACCGCGCUCGCAGUGAAAGGAUCCCAAAACAAACGUUCUCCAAAAACAAUGUUAACGUGUACAGGCGUAGCGAAUGUCCGUUUAGUAGGACCGUUUUUAUCCUGCCGUUUGUUUUGACAUUAGAGCGAAUUGACUUAUUGUCAAACCCAAAAGUAUAUGCGAACGCAUUGCAUGGGCGUGUUACUACGUCGUCGGUUUUUUUUUUUUUUUUUUUUUUUUGUACAUUUUAAUUUUCAAACAAUCUAAUGACUAUGUAAAAAUAUCACAAUUCAAAAAAAUGUCCGUAUAUUACAGUAUACUAACGGCACUAAAUUGAUUCUGCUGAACGCAAAUUUUCCAUGUGUCGUGCGUCUAUAAAACGAACACAGCACACGAAGCAAGUGACGUCCUUUUUGAUAAUAUUUUGUAUAAAAAAAAAAAAAAAAACAGUGAAAAUUCUACUGAACCGAGUGUGUUAAUAUAUAAUAUUAUUUUUUUCGUUCGGUUAUUUUUUUUGUCUUACACAAAUAUUGUGUUCUACCAAACUAGUCUCGAGUUUUGAAAACAUUCUGGAAUAACGAUUUUAUAAAUUCCCUAGCCUGAACGUUAAUAAAAUAUAGGUAGGUAUAUUAUAGGUACGUUUUGAACGGAACGGCAUGUCGUUAAGCCGACGAUUUUUAUGUAUUUUUUUUUUUUUUUUAGUAGACUUACACAGUUUACAUAAUAUUAUUAUACUUAUCGUAUAGUAGCCUGUAGUUAAAAUAUUUUCUAGUACAAAAAUAUAUUAUGCAUCUAACCAGUUUUUUCAAUUAAUAUUCAGCUCGAAUUUUCAUUAGAAAUUAUUAUACAAUAAUAAUCAAAAACCACUUUUUUUUUUUUUAGAUAUGUUCAUAGAGAUUUACGUGUCUAAAAAGGUAUGAUUAAACAGAAUAUAUUAUAUUCUUGAAUAUUAUAAUAUUACUUAACUUUAACUUACUGAUGUGGGUAUAUGAUUGAUUUAUUAGCAUUUUUAAUUUCUUAUAUACCAAUACCGUACAAACAUGAUUAUAAUUACACAAAUGAUAGCCGUGUGUCGCCUGUUUUAGUGAAAACGAAUGUUAAAUUAUAUUUUGAAUUCGAAAUUAAAUGUUAGAAAAAUGUAAAACUUCGGUUAUCUAGUAAAGGCUAUAUUUUUAUGUACAGGAAUCUAUACUACGCUUUUAUUUAAACUUAUUUUAUGCCUAUAGGGACGUUUUAGUUUUGCGGAAACAACUGAAUACUUUACCGUCAUGGAAAGUGCAGUAAAUAAUAAUAAAAAAUCGAACUUCUUCAAUAUUCGCUUUAAUCUAAUAACCUAAUCGAAACCGAACGUUUUUCACCAAAGUAAAUAAUAUUUACUCUUAUAGUUUUAAAGUUCAAUGUACUAGCGAUUUCCGCCGAAAGACAUUUUAAAUGUAUUUGUAAACGGCGUAGGUAAGUUCGAGAAUAUUAUUUAUAUAUUCAGUACUUGCCAAAUUUUAUUUAUGCAUUUUCACCGCCGAGUAUAUUACCAAAUUAAUAUGAUUUAAUGCGGUGCUUGGAAAAUGUCUAGUACUGCAUUAUUAUAUCAUUCAUUAUGAAAUAUGAAUAUGAAUAUUUGGGAUGCAAUCCAAAAAUAUAAUUGUUUCAUAUUUCUUUUGUGAUCCCACGAAUGUAUUUUAUACAUCGACUAAACAUAUUGAUUCAAUGGUACCACUCGAAUUUUCAUUAGAUGUUUAUAGCAUUAAAAUAGAAUUCAAAUUUUGUUUUCCGCCGUUUUCAUUCACAUUCCUUCAAAAAAACAAUUAAAUAAGUUCUUUCCAAAUACUUGUUUAAUAUAUAGUUUGGACUUUGAAGUGAUUAAAAACGUACAGAAUCGUGGAAAUUGUGUUUGGCGAUUGAUGGAAUUUUGUUGAAAAAAAAAAAUGGUUUAAAAAACGUAUUAUCCUGUAACGAAACGUAAGUAUUCGGUAUCCAACUAAUUAUUUCUAAUAAUUUCGUUAAAUAAUUUAGCAUGUUUCUAAUAGGAUCACUAUAAAUAUUCAACAUUCAUUCGUUUCCAUUCAAGCGCACAUAAAUUGUUUCACUUCCUCCGCCGCGAAUCGAACGCUACGAUAUUGAAUAUCAUUGUAGAUAACAAAUACUGCGUUUAUAUAAUGUGAUGCAGUUAAAUGGUUUUUUGAAAUAAAUCGAAACGGUUUUUUAAAAAUAUACAUUUGUUUGUAUGCAAAUACUCAAAACCGAUUUUACGUUUUAACAAAAUAGAGCUAGGUAAUUUCGCGAAAAGAAAAAAAAACCUUUAUUUUAUGAAUUAGUAGUUUAAUAUUGAUAUUUAUGUUUGUGUCGUACGGGUAUACUGUAAUUAUAAUCAUAUCCGGCGUCGGCGUAGUCACAUUCACGUAGCCAUACACGACGAUUUUUCACAUAUCCAUUAAAUUACAUUUGUGACGAUGAUAGGUAUCAUAAUUAAGUUUUAAUAACGGCUUGAGUAAAAUUAUUACGUAAACCAAACAUAAUAAUAUGGAACUUGAUAGGAAAUCUGAUAAAACAAUAUCGUGAUAACAUAUUAUAAUAUCAGACUAACGCCCCGUUUUUAUAUUCCGUUCUCAAACCGUUAUUAAACAUACGAAACAUUUUAGCGAUUUCAAAACGAUUUGAAAUCGUAUUCACACACGACACGGUACUUUUUUACGUUCAAAAUGCGCAAAACUGCACCAUGCAAGCCUAUAGUAAAUGUUAAAUUAUAAAUUACGUUAUUUGUAAUAUAAAAUAAAACGACUGCAUGAUCGUUAUUAUUGCGAUCAGUUUUCAUUUAUGUUUAGUCGUCUCAUUUUCAAAAUGUAUCCCAGCAGACGCAAAUACGAACACUACGUGUGUAUGUGUUUACCUACGGGUUGCGCUUACUAAUGUGAUUUUUUUUUUCUGAGGUCAAAUGACCGCUAUUCUACUUAAAUAUUCAACGUAUAAUACAUAUGAAUUCGUGUUUGUUAUUCAGUGUAAAAGGGAUUCGGUUUUUAUCGUGUAAGAUUAGUUAAUAUUAUACCCGACUAAUAAUUAUGGGUCAGUAUACGAUUGGAACAUUUCACGUUUUUAACUUUCGAAACAUUUUAAAUACUUUUUCUUUAGUUUUUUUUUGGGGGGGGGGAGGGGAUGCAAAUUAGAUAAUCCGUAUUCUAGAAUUUUAACAUCUCCGUGACAUCUUCAUAAAUAUUAUUUAAUUUCCUUACCUAACUGCAGAUAUGGCCUGUAUUAGCGGAGACAACUAGUACUCUUGAAAAAUUAAUAGAAUAACUUGUUAGCGAGCCGUUGAACACUAAGGAUAUUAUUAUUAUCCGACUUAUGUUGCAAUGUCGAUCGACACGAAUGUAAUAUUGAAUCUUGAUUAAAUCAUAUAUAAAUCGUUCAUUUUGAAAGGUCAAUGAAAAUAACAUUUAUAUAUUAUUAUUACCCUGCGUAUACUUAAUCUAAGAUUUAAUUAUAUUUAUCUAGUUACACAGUAUUUAUACCAAUAUAAUAGUGGUUUUCCUUGGCAUCGCGGUUUCGUUGCGGUCCAGCGUCCGUCAUCCGCGGUCGAUUGCAAUGAGAAUAAUAAUGUUAUUAUUAUACUCAAAUUUAUUAUUGUUAAAUUCUCGGACGGCCUCUGUGUUAUAAAAUGUAAAAAUUAAAAUUAUAACGCAUUGCUUAUUGCCCGUAUAACAAUAUAUUGUACGGGUAUACUUAAAAAAAGAUAUGAUAAUUUUUGCAAAAUGUGUCAUUUCUCCCCGACUCGUCUGUUCCGGUCGCAAUAUAAAACACAUUUUUCUCAUAAUUUAAAAUAAUAAGCCGGCGUUAAUAUUUUUUAUCAAAUGAGAAACGUUAGAAAUUUUACUGGCUGUAUAAUAUAUGUCUAUACAACCUGCAAGGUUACGUCUGCCAAAACGUCAAGUAUUUCAAAAUUUAAUUUUAAUCGGUAGGUACUUACAAUAUUAUGCGCUUUUAAUUAAAUUUAAAUUUAUUUAUAAUUUUUUUUUGUCUAGCUAUCCUCGUCUUUUCGAAACAUAACGUGACCGGUUUAAUUCUGAGUUUCACCCACAGGCCACACAAAACUCAUUACACUUACUUAUACUUAAUCAUCAAAGCAUAUAAUAACAUUUUAUAAUAAAUAUAAUAUAUAUGUGUGUGUGAGCGCAUAAUAACAUAAAUCGAUGAUGUUUCGAAACUUUCGGUUUUUUAAAUUUAUUAUCUUCUGCCUCUUCUCUUUAUAACCAUGUCAAAGUCGUGUAGUUUUUUGUUUUUUUUUUUUUAAUUGUAAUUUAUUUAAAUUCUAUUCAGUUCAAAAUUACCGAAAUCAAAUCGUUUUAUAAGUACGACAAUGUAUCUCCAACUGCAACGGUACAUUAUUAUUAUUUUAUUUUAUGCUGGCACCCAGAUCGUUCUUCAUAGUUGUUCCGAUCAAUUAAUAUUUAUUGGACGAACACAAAUAAUAAGUCAGUACUCGUUUUCGUCUCGACAGUUUAUAAUAAAACUUCCGAACUGUAUAUAGAAGAAACGAUACUUGUUAACAUAAUAUUAUUACGAUGUCCGCAGUGGCAUAAUAUUGAUUGAUAACUCGUUCGAAUUCUUUACAAACUAAACUUCGUCCCGUUGAUUAGCAAUAUUAGCUAACUGUUUUUGUCAACUGUAUACAAUAUUUUCAGUAAAAAUUCAAAUUAUUAAGUAUAAUUUAAAAAUUGUAUUGCUGUUUUAGGUUCUGAGCAAAGCGAUAAAUGCAAUGAUUUUACGGUGUUUUUUUUUGUUAUGCCUGUAAACAACUUUUUUACAGAAAUCUUGCUCCAAAAUAAAAAAAAAUUUAUAUGAACAUUUUUUGUUUAAUUUUCAAUUUAGUUGGUAUAUUGAGGAAGUCAUUUUUCGAUUUUCCUUUUAGUUUUCUUAGUAAAUGGGGAAAACUGCCAAUUUUCGGUAAAAUUUUUGUUGAUUUCUGGGUCAUCUUGUUGGCAACAAAAGAAAAAAUACGAUUAAUAAUAAUCUGCUCAGAACCGUUUUUUGUUAGAAAUGAUUUAUCGUUGCGCACAGAUAUAUACUAAAUUCUGCUCUAUAUAUCCUACCUUCCCAACUUCCCACCUGCAAUAGUGGUCCACCCACCGUGAAAAGUAUGUCCGUGUUUUUAAAAACUACCUUGAUUUUUUGAUAGUUUUCCGUUUGUUUUGAAUAUUAUUUAUAGUAGGUACUGGAUGUUUUUAAACGAGUACCUAUACUAGUAUAUUAUAAAAUGAGGUAGGUACAUAUUUAUUUUUUUAAUCUUAUAUUAGAAUUUUCUAAAACUAAAACGUUUCUUUUAAUAGCCAGUGCGCAUGCGUCAGUGUACAUCACGUCAUUUGUCGAGAUUAUAAACUCGCUUAUAGUUUUUCGCGAACACUGCCAAUUGCGAUCGAUUUGCUUUCAUCUUCUCGUGUUUAUAAUUUAACGCGCGUCUAAUAAUAUUCCGUUUCGCUUAAAUGAUAGUUAGUUGGUAUAGUAUUAUUAAUAAUAUAUAGUCGAUGCAAUAUCGACACUUUUUUGUCAUUGUUUUUAACCAAGUAGGAAUAAUAUGGGCGGUUUAGUUGUUCAUUUUUAAAUUUAGAUUUAACUUCGUAAGCAAACAUGAUUUUCAAUAUCAUGACAACGCUGUUAUUACAGAGACGUCAUUUAAGUUAUUUUCUACGGGUGUGCCGUGUGCGAGGUUUCAAGCUGGUCAUUUCGAAAUUUCACCAGGCAAUAUAAAAUUAGAUAUACCUAGUAUGUACAAAAUGCUUUAAAUUUUUUCCAUAGAUCACGGACCGUAUCUGCAUAAAUAGUAAAAAGCAAUUUCAAAACUAAAAGAUAAUCAAUAGUUGAUUAAGUACUUUUCCUGUGAAAACCAAUAAGUAAUGCUUAAAAAGAUUGAAGAUAACGAAAAACACUAAUAUCGUUUAUGUAUUUCAUGCUUAUAACUUUUGCACAAAUAAAAUGCUUAAAAAAAAUAUAUAUUCAUAUGUGUUUAAGUAUAAGCUGAUACCGACGAUUUUUAAGAAAGCAAAUACAUCUACCAUAACUAAGAUUCUAAUAAUUGAACAUAUUAACCUGUGGUUCAUUAUAAUAAAUAAUGAUUAUGGACGUAUAAUAUAUCUAUUAUUUAUUGGAUUAAUUGAUAGCAUAUUUAUUUUAAUAAACAUAUAUCACUGAUAUGGGCUAAUCCUAUAUAAGCUAUAACCAUGAUUGACAGUAAAAUAACUAUAUUGUGAAUAUAAAAGUACAAUUUAAUUUUAACUAUAUAAUAAAUAAGAGGUGCAACCGCACAUCUUGACCGCCCCCCCCCCCCCCGAAAAAAAAUAGCGUCCUUGUAUUAUUUUAAAUGGGUACUGUAAAGUUGGAAAUCGGAUAGGAUUCAGUGCAGACUAGUGCAUCGCGUCGAAAAGAAAAUGACUUUUUAAGAGUAGGAUUUCGAUUGUAUACCUCAAAGAAAAAGGCGGGCAGAAAAAAGAGAUGGAUAGAUGGAGUAUAGAUGAGCAUCUGCAUAUUGGAGUGACUGGUGUAGCUAAUUCGAAAUAUCUGUUACAAGAUCAAGUAGAUAAAUAACGUGAUAUUCUAGUAGCAGCCGAAACUCUUGGAGAGAAAAAGAAGAAAAAAUAAUAAUUAUCAUCGAAUUUAUACGUUUUACACGAGUUAAACGCUUACAUAGAUGUACAAUGUACUUAUACAUAUUAUUAUGUCUGGAAAAAUUUUUUGUCAGGCACACGUACAUUAUAAUAAUAUUGUAUUAUAAUUAUUUACACAGUAGGUACAUUUUUAUUUCUUGGCAUCGGCAAUACACCAUACACCAAAGGUGUAUAGCCAAACAAACAUAUUAUUAUAGUAUGUUUAUUUUGAGAAAAUAACGUACACUUAAGGAAUACACUAUACCCACCGUCAUUAAAUGUGUAGGUGUCGAAUCUACGGUCAUUAAACGAUUAUGAUGUAAAGUCUAUCUCAAAAAGUGUACACUUUUUGUUAAAACGAACAAAGCUAUUGUUAUUAUAAUUAUUUCGUUUAAAUAAUCUAGACGUUUACUUAGUAUAUUAUUAUAACCAAUGACAGAUAUCGGGGGGGGGGGGAGAUCGCCACGCUCUUGAGAUUUUCGUUACCACUACACAAUAAAAUAUAUAAUUAUUACCUACAACUUAAUACUUAAACAAUUUUACCCCAUUAUCUCUGUGAGUUUUAAAAUCACUGUCUUCCAUAAAAACUGCAGCAUAUUACAUCCGUCACUUAUAAUAACCGCAAUUUUUGUAUAAGUUCAUAUUAUUUUCGAAUAUAAUAUUAUAAUAAUUAUACAAGCAGACAAUAAAAAUUUUCUCCACAAAUUAUACAUACCUACUGCAGUGUAUUCGAUUUCGCAUAGCUAGGGUUUUUUUUUGUGUACGUUUGAUUUUUCGUUUUCUACUUCUCACGUCCAACUCGACGGAGCAUUUUUUUUUUCAUCAUAUUUCUCCGACGAGAUCUUUUCAACGAUAGUAUUAUAAUAUUACAAAUUAUAAAUAUAAUACGAUGACAUACGACUCCCACGCCGAAUUAUAACAAAACUAUAAUAUUAUAAUAUCGUAUUAUGUUAUGAAAAUAAUAAUCGUUGCGUAACAAAGAAUAAUAAUUAAUAUUAUACGCUUUACAGUUUACAUUAUUAUUUUAAAUCGGUUAUUUUAGCGCGUUAUCAUUUUUAUAAUAGUAUAAAUAUAUUAUCGGCAAGGACUUUGUCAAUGGAACGCGUUUGUCUACAUAAUAACGUAAAGGAGGUUUUGCAAUCUUUGUCAAAUAAAAAAUAAAAAAAAAAAAUACAUUUAUUUAUCAUGUCCGGUUUUUUACAUUUGCUGGAAAAACUCUUGGGAAAAUCGAAAAAUGACCUCCUUAAAGUGCCAUCCCAAAAAAAUUUCCUUUCAGAAGAGGGUCUACAUCGUAGCAAGAUUUCUGGUAGAAUUUUUGUACAUAGUAUAUAUAUAUAUAAAAAAAAAUUGACCUCUCUGGUUUUUUCUCUGUACCCUACAGCCUGAUUUUUUUUUUAUCGGAGGGUGUCAAGUGAAUUUGAUUUCUGGUUUUUUUUUUUAAUUUUUACGGAAUCGGCUAAGCUUUAUUUAAAACCAUUUCUAGUUUUUCACCCCUACUUCAUAUACCUUAAACAAAUAUAUAAUUUAAUUUUUCUUUUAGGAGCCCUCCUCCUUUUCGAACUCAGAUUUAAAUGGAAAAUAUUUUUUUAGAAAUUUUAAUAUACGUAACACUAAUAUCAGAUUUACUGUUUAUGAGUUAUACUUUAAAGUUUAAACCAGAGGAAGGGUAGUAAAUAAUAAAUCGAUAAUAACCAAUACCGCAAUGAUGGAACAGAAAACAAAUUCACUUAAAAUCCUCCGAGAAAAUUGAGGUUGAGGUGUGAAAAAAAAAAUCACCCUGUGUAUAUUCGCCGUGUGCUUCUAGGGAUGAUAACGUAUAAUGUAGAACAUUAAUUGUGCACGUAUUAAAUUGUAAAUGUCACCGGCGUAAUAGCAGAGGUAUCACAUAAUAUGCAUAAUAUUGAGUGGAAGUUGAUGGCGAAAGUUAUACGUGUAUAACAUGCAUAAAACGCCCAAGAUUAAGGGUUUUAUGGUACGUGUGUUUUGUGAUGCACCGUAGUUUGCCGUACUAUGCGUUACGAACCCGCCGAGAGAUUUAUCAAAAGUGCACAAAGACGCGGGUUUUGAACGCAUACGCCAUCAAUACUGCAGUAAUGUUACGUCUAAUAUUGUUAGGCACCUGUCAUGCGCACACUUACAUUUUUCGAUACAACGCGAAAUAUUUAAUUCAUUUCACAAUAUUAUAUUGAUUUUAUACGCGUCUGUAUACAUAUAUUUAUGUGUACAGAUAGGUGCACGGUAGAUUUAAAAAUCAAGAUAUCUAUUUUCGAAGAUGGUUUUUUUUUUUUUUUUAAGUGAAUUUUGUUGUCCUGUGUGCAAUAGUGUAAUAUGUAUAUAUAUAUAUUCAUUAUUAAGUAUAUGCGAACACAUCACAGUCUACAGUCAACGCAUUAGUUUGUCUAUGUGGCAAGAAUGUAUACGAUUUCAAAUAUUUCAUUUUGAAAACAGGAUUGUGUGACGUCGUUUAUUUUUAUUUUUAUUUUUUUUUUUUGGUUUUUAUUUACAUAAUAUAUACACUGUCGAUUUAUACCGAUUUAUAUUGUACAGCCGCGUCCGUGUGUUUUUUUUUUUAAACGGUUUUUCGUAUAUAAACCUCCUAUCUACCGUAAAAAUAAUAAUACUAAUCGGUACCUACCUGAUAAUUUAAAUUUUCAUAAAACGUGAUGUGUGUGAUGAUAACAUAUAUUAUAUUUGCGACGAACUCGAACCAUAUUAGUAUUACCAAACUGUUACUCGUAUAACCUAUAACUACGGUAUGGAAGGUAACUCAAUUCCGUUAUUAAAUUAUAUCCUACAUACUGCGUUGUAAAAUCGGAAAGUUUCGAUGUUUACGAUAAUUAUUUAAGAGACUCGCUCUUAGUGUUUUACAAAUUAUCAAUAUUUAUGAUUAACAAAUAAUUCAAUCAGUUUUAAAGUUCAUUUCAAGGGACCUGCACACGACCUGUGGUUGUGCUCAAAAUGCUUUACAAUAUAAACUCUCGUGUCUUGUAGAGUAUAAUUGGAUUUAUUUUCCUGUUGGAAAAUGUAAAACUUCCUACAUUGGACAUUAAUUUUUGAUUAUAUAACCUAGAACAAUAAUAAUAAUAAUACUUAUAUAAUAACUCUCUGCAUAACGUUUAGCAUAAUAAUAUGUAAAUUUCAAUUCCAACGCGUAAGAAGUCUUCCCAUUUUCGAAACAAAAAAAAGAAAGAUGAUUGACAUAGGUAUAGGUUCUUUCUACAUAAGGGCAUGAGCGUUUUUUGUGUAAAACGUGUUUUUGACCAAAAUAUACGCAGGACGCGCACAGAUCCCUUAAGAUUUUUUUUUUUUUUUUAUUGCUGUUGACGAAAAAUAAUAGCUGAGAACAUUUUCGUAUUAAACAAUUUACUUAAAAAAUCACGCGUAGCAAUCGGAAAUAUAAAAUUAUAAUUUGUACACAAGCAUGUAUUACAGCAAAUAUAACGCGCACGUAAACUGCGAUAAAUUAAUAAAAAAAACUACGAUUCGGUUUGUUUUUUUUUUUUCUGUUGUCACUCGCUGCGCAUUAUAAUACUACACACGGUCACGAGGACCGUUAACCUCGUAGACGGCCGUAUUAUUGUCGUUUUAGCUUUUCGUAUUUUUAUCAUUAUAAUAAGCCUUCCGUUUCGUGUGUAAGACUUGUCGAACUCCGUAUGGUCACGAUAUGUGUUCAAUACAGUAUAACACAUCGUUUUUCUUUUCCGCAAUCGCUUGAAACAAAAUAUCAUUAUUACUGUUGUCGAUAAACAACAUAGUGUAGUUUAUACAAUAGUAGCGAGCCAAUUAAAAAUAUCACGUUUAAAAAAACAAUUCGUAAUUAGGUACGUAAUUAUUAUUGAUAAUUUUCGUAUUUUACCAGGCAUAUUAUAACUUUUAUUGGUUUUUCCCGAGGUGGCCAAUUACACGAUAAUAAAUCAGUUACGAUACGGCAAAAUACCGCGCGCCGUAUAAACUGUGUACAGUCGUAUUGUAUAUUAUUAUUAUUAUUUUUUUUUAAUACUAAUAUUUUGUAUGUAAUUUUUUUUUGCGUCUUUAAAACUAAUACCCACCCACCCACUAUGCUAGUGACGAAACGUUGUUUUUUUUUUUUAAUUUUUAUUUAUUAUUAAAUUAUGUAAAAUAAAUGGCGAAACGAUAAAUUGCGUUCAAAUAUAUCAACGCUACAACAUUAUACAGAGCUAAUGGAGGCGGGGGGGGGGAGUAUAUUAGGCAUUAAUGUUUUCGCCAAAAUUUGUAUUUUCGAUUUUCCGCAUAUCCGUUCGCCGUAACGCGCGCGUUUUAUAAUCCGCGAUAAUAUAUUAUUGCACCCGCAGAGCUGUUUUACAUCAUUUAUUAUCACAUCACCGGGGCUAUUCGAUUUGUGAGGUUAUAGUACGCUCAUAAAAGUUUCCGUCUCGGUUUUUAUAAAUAUUAUUCGUUCGCGAUUGCGAACACGUUAUCGUACGAUAGCGUGAUAUUGAUGGCGAUUUAUCUUUGAAUUUUUUUUUUUUUCCCAAGAUACGGCUGUAUAUACCAUACCGUUAUACUGAAUGUAUUGUAUUUGUAACGCGGCGUUUAACCGUGUUUAAAAAAACAAAAAAAAAUCGGCGUAAAUUAAUAAUUGGGUAAUUAUUAUUAUAAUAUUACAGUUAUUGAACAUAUACGGUUAAUCUAAGUAUUCUGUUGUUUGGAUUUCCGCGUGUAAUGUGUAAUACGUCGUCUAAAUGAUUUAUGGUUUUAACCGUUUACUUUUUUUUUUUCCAAUCCCGGUUAUUUGUAUUUGCGUGAUAACAAAAUGUCAAUUAAACGAUGAAGAAUGUAUUGUUUAAACACCUCUGCAAAAAUUGUACAGAACUGAAAUCGAUUCAACAACUUGUUUUUUUUUUUUAAAAAAAUUUAAAAAUUACCAAACGAUUGAUAAUUUCACUACCAGCGGCCAGGUAUUGGUUCUGUAAAAUUUCACGCGAUCCGCAAUAAAUACGUUAAUUAUACGAAUGCCAAUCCAAAUCAAACAAACGAAUCAAAUACAGCUGAUGCGCGGUUAAUGUGUUCCGCAUUUGAUUUUGCAUUGAACUCCGAAAUAUUAUAACGUCCGCAGCUCUUUCACUCCGACGGCCGAAAUCCCAAUACUGGACGAAUUUCAGUGUAAAAUAAUAUUAUUAACAUAGUUCAUGGUGUACUUAAAUUUAAUUUUCGAGUCUUCGUGUUAAUAAUAUCAAAAUGUAUAGAUAUAGAUUUUGCUAAAAACAGGUUUCGCUACUAAAACGUUAGAAUUAAUAUGCCUAGUAUAUACGUAAUCUGUUUAUCACACUCUUUGUAUGUUAUCACAGAGAGAUAUCUGCACCGUAUUAUAUUUUGUCUAUGUGAACCUAUUUCCGAGCGUUCCUAGCUCCGAUUACAAAAAGUGUUUACAGAAAUACAACACUGACCAAAAACCAAUGGCCUAAAAUAAAAUACAAUUACUUACAGGAACAAUCAGCCAAAAAAAAAAAAAAAGGUAAACAAUUAACGUUAAUUGUGAUAUCAAUCGGUUUAUAUAUUAUACGUAAACGAAUUUGAUACUGAUAUUUUUAAUUUUUGUCUAACACAUGCAUAGCAUAUAGCCAGUUUAGACCAUGCAUUUGAGAAUUUAACUUUUUAUUUUAUUAUUUUCGAAAAAUUUGAAGAUAAUCAUUUUAUAGAGUUUAUUCUUCUGAAAAUGUUGACGUUUUAAAUUUUUUAUUUUCAUUAAAUUCGUGAUUUUCAAUAAAAAAAAUUUAAAGUUGAUAGAAAAAAAAAUUAUUAUUUCCACAGAAAUUUAGGACUGAAAUUCGAAAAAGUGUACACGUCGAAUUCAAAUCCGCAUUGAGAGUUUUUAUCGCCUCACCAUAAUAAUUGGUCUGCUACUCAAAUACUGAUCUAAAUUGUUAUACUACACGUGUGUUGAACAAAGCAAGAAAAUGUCUGUUUCGAAUCCCUGUAACUUAUUUUACGUGUUUUAUAAGAGCAUAUUGUGUAAUUCGAGAGUAAUAUUUUUUACAUAGUACCUAACGGCUUCGAUAGAAAAACACAUAGAUAACUGUUAAUGUAUUGUUGUGGUCUUUGGGAAGACAAUCGUUGGAUCGUAAAGCGUUCAGUUAUUAUAUUUCGUACCGGUUAAAUAAUUAAUACCUGCAGUCGAAUCCGUUUAAUCGGUUUUCUCCGACAAUAGAAUCGCGUAAAUUAAACGGAUAGUAUUCAGUUUGCAAAACCAUACUGACGUCAAGUCUCACGGUCGUGAAUAAAGAGGGAGGGUGGAGGGGUAGUCGAAAGUUCGGGUCAACGAAUGUACUGUAUAGUAUAUUAUAAAUUAUAAUCGAGAGACGAGUAGAUUAAAACGGGGUAACAUAACACUAUACCAAUGAAUGAACGAUUUUCGGAAAUAAUUACAUUUUGGCGGAGGUGUAUUUGCAUCAUAGCGUAGCGGAUAGCGAGAAAAUUGAAGUCCGGAGAGAAUCCACUAAAUUUUGUGGAGAAUAAUCCAAUUAAAUAUACAUAAAGUGAUUAUUUACAAUUCUACGAAGAUUUUCAGUAAAAAUGUUUUUAGUGUUUUUUUUUUUUUGUCAAACAUUAUACAAUUUUACCCUUGUUCAAUACACUGUUAUCACCUAUUAACUUUCGAUUUUAAAAUAUUCAUGAACCCCCUUUCCCCAAUUUCAAACCAGAUUCGAGUACAAAAUAAUUGUGCAAAAAUGUUACCUAAUACACGUAACACUAAUGUGUGAUGCUUCAAAAUUCAAACUGGAAGUGUACCUAUAGAAAAAAGUUAUCGACUAAAAAUGAAUGUGCCAUUUAUUUUUUAUUAUUUUUUUUUAUCAAAUUCUCCAGUCUAAAUUUUGAAUUGUUAUAAGUAUAUAACUAAUAUAACGGUAUUAUACGUAUACCUCUGCAUAAAUAGGUAUCAAAUUUUUAACGGGAAAAUCGCAGGAUCACGAUCUAUACGGAAUACUCUGUAUACCCUAUAUAUAGUUUGCAAACUAUUUACCAGUAAAUACCAAACGAAUUAUUAUUGUUUUACAAUAUUAUUAUUAUUAUUACUGUUAACAAAAUAUAAUACGUGUAUCGUGUACGUCACGCAUAAUGAAACUCUCCGGCCUCCGCGCAACAGUUAUAUGUAUGUGUCGUCUAAUAAUUGCCAUACCGUUUAAUUAUUUUUAACGAGAAAUACUGCAAGUAUAAAAAAAAUGAUGAAAAAAAAAACGCUUCGUUAACUAUUAAUUUUUAUAGCGAAACAUCACACGUUCAAAUAAUAUUGUAGCGUUUGACGAAUCGAAAUUGAUUUUUCUCGAAUACUGUUUUUCUGUCGUGUGAUUGACUAUUGGUAAAAAGCUACUUAUUGUGACAUUGGGUUUUUUAACGUGUACGCAUAGUGCCGAGCAUAAAGGGGGAAGUGAUACUCUCUCAAACUUGAAAAUUAAAAAUACCUAUAGUCGACAAUUCAACUAUAUAUAUAGUUUAAUUUUGAAGUCGACAUAACUAAUGAUUCAUUUUUUUUUUUGUUUUUGUUUUUUACUUCCUAAUCAUCGUAAAAUGUAUAAUCAUUUAUCAAAGAAUAAAUAAUGGGUAAAACAUUUUGAAUCACAUUAUUUAUCGAUCUCCAUCGAUUUUUGUUAGCUCUGUAUACCUGCGAUUUAAUAUUAUUUUCUUAGGUGGAUCUUUAAUACCUUGGGGGGGGGGGUUAAUGUCAGAUCCACACCUAAAUUUUUGGUGGAAGGACAAGCCACUUUCAAUAAUGAUACAUUAUUUUACCACAGUAUAUAAGAAAAUAAACAUACUAUACUAAUGUAUUUUGGAGACGAGCAAAUUACCCUAUCGCCCCCUAGAUCCGCCGCCACUGAGGGAGGCUAUAAGAGUAUUAUAAAACAUUUUGACUAGCAUAUAGUAUAAAAUACGAAUUUUAGAUGGGUUUUAGAUGAUUUGAGGGGGAGGAGGCACAUUUCCGCCUAUAGAUUUAUUUUAUCUCGUGCUUGUUUUUAACAACGUUGAGAAAAAGUUCGGUUUUAGAUGCCAUCGAAUCGCAUAAUACAGAUUUCUUCUUAAUAUAAUAAUUCAUUGUUUUCCGUUUGUUUUGGAUUUAAAAUCGUUCGAUUUUUGUCCUAAAGUUCAAUUUGCGUCCCAUAAAAUCUCGUCAAUUUUUCUUGAGAGCUUUGAGACUACAAUAUGAUAUCACGUACGAAAUGCAUCGAAUAUCCGUCAAAAGGUACCCGCAAAGUUUUAGAAAAAACAAAUUGAAUUGGCGAACUCGAUUGCAAGUCAACUGGGAGACAAUAAUUAAUUUGGCGCCAGUUGUGAUCGCAUUUUUAAUGGACGUUUAAUUGAACGCUAUACUGUCAGCAAACGAACUGCGUGCUAAAAUUGAAAACGCGAAUGAAACUAAACUAUAUAUACUUAAAUAAUUAAUUAACCUAAUGACAUUGAAAUUAAUGUUUUUCACACUUUAAGUAUUGUAUUUCAAUACCUAAUAAUAAUAAUAACUGUGUUUAUUGCUAAUUGUAAUGUUUACACAAUGUUAUAUAUUAUUAUUAUUGUUAUUAAUAAUAAAUUUAAUAUUUUAAGUAUAAUAUGCUAUGUAAAUUUUAUAACUGUUUAUUUUCAUAAAAUUAUAGACUGAAAGCGAGUGUUCGGCUGCCGAUCGGGCCGACGAAACGGGUAGGCAAAAUGCCAGCUCUCCGCCUUUGGCUAUGGGACCCGUUCAGAAUACCGACGACGAUGGCAUUUCGUUUUGUGAAUAUCACGAUUUGCCACCUCCACCGGAUGGCGGAUACGGUUGGGUCAUCGUAUUCGCCAGCUUUAUGUGUAACAUGGUGGUGGACGGAAUCGCAUAUACGUUCGGUGUGUUCCUCAGUGAAUUCGUCAACUACUAUCAAGAAGGUAAAGGCAAAACUGCUUGGGUCGGAAGUCUACUUUCCGGAAUGUAUCUCAGUGUCGGUAAGUUAUUAUUUGGUUUUAUCCGCAAGUCUUUUCAAAUACAUUAAUACCAUGAUAGUAGUUAAAUUAUUGCAUUUUUGUUGUAAUUAUUUUAGGUCCCAUAGUCAGUGCACUAACCAACAAAUAUGGAUGUCGAGUAGUGUGUAUGGCAGGCAGCGUUAUCGCGGCUGUUGCUUUCGCACUUAGUACACUUUCACCAAACGUUAACGUCUUGAUGCUCACUUAUGGUUUUAUGGGUGGUAAGUUAAAAAAUAUUGUCUGACUACCUCUAUUAAAAAUUGGUGGUCAGACAGGUAAUAAUGUCUUUGCCGUGUAUGAUAACUGUCGGCCUGUGAUAACCUAACCUAAUUGAGUAAAGAAUGUUACAUUGCCUUGUUUAUAGGUGGUACGACAUCCCACCUCAACGGACAUCGGCUAUCGUCAUAUCGAAAAAUUUAUAUGAUUACUCUAAAAAAAAUUAGCCUCUGGUUAAUAAAAUAAUUGUUUAGGACAAAAGGUACGUUAGGACAAUUUAUAAGUAUCAAUUUAUUGUUUGUUUUUUUUUUUUUUUUCAUUAGAUCUGUUUGGUACAUUUAAUUUACUUUCUUCUUUAAAACGUAUUUAUAAUAAAUAGACCCUUUAUCUUUAAGAAUAGGUACUCCUUCAUACAUGAUUUUUUUUGUUUUAUUAUUAUUAUUAUUAUUAUUUUUUUAUUCAUUGAAUUUCCAAUACUCGAGUCUUAGUUUUCAUAUUGUGUAUAUUUUUUUUUUUUUCAACUAAAUAUUUAGUGAAAAAUAUGCCGGUAAUAUCACAGCUUAGGUUUAUAAAUAUCUACUCAAAUAAGUAUUUUUAAUAUUGUAGUACAGGAUAAAUUAAUUGUGAUUGUUAUAUUUAUACAAUGUCGUUUUGAGAAAUCAUGUGUAUUAUUGGUGCACACGCUUAAUAUUUAAUUUUUAUUGAUAAAUUAAAAAAAAAAUACUUCAUAGUAUAUUUUAAAAUUCGAUAAAUAUUUUAAUGAUUAGUAAAAUUAAAUUAUAUACUCUACUAGCUGAGUUAUACGGUUUUUACCAGGCUUAAUAAUUUCUAAAAAAAAAAUCAAUAAAAGAAAUUCAAUUUAACUUUAUCACACGGUUUCAUUCUUAUCCCCUUUUUAGUUAAUCAUUGUUGCCCGGCCAUUCUUUUUGUUUAACUACUGUAUACUUCUUUGUCUGUGAUAACCAAAUUAAAUAAUAAUAUCUAGUUGAUUUAUCUGUGUUAUCAAGGUAAUCCCAUAAAUCAACAAAACAGAUAUAAUUUUCAUUGCAAAAAUACAAAAAAAACCUUGUGUGAGUCAUCCUUCAAGCAAUAGUGGAUCUCUCCCCAUUGGAUGUUUCUAUCACCACUAUAUAUUAUUACCUACAACAUAAUACUUAAGAGAUUACAUGUACUGAAAAAACAAAGCUUUGUUAUAAAUUAAUAUAAUUUAUUAAAGAUAGAAUUGAAAAACAAACAGACAUACUUUGCAUAAUGAGUGGGCCACUGUUAUAUGUGAAAAGUUGGGAAAGUAGAGAGGAAAUUUAAUGUACACAACGGUUAACCAUUACCAACAAAAAUCAAUUCUGAGCGGAGUUAGAUUAUAUAUGUUUUAAAAAUAUUUACAAUUUGAAAAUCAUACAUUUCAUACAUUUUGUCUUUCCCCCUCCCCCGGUUUUCCCAUUUAUUAUGAAAACCUUUGCGAAAAUCAAAAAAAUGACUCUUUCCAGAAAAGAUAUUCUACAUUUAAAAAUUGUUCACCGUAUAAAAAACAUUAUUAUAAAAUAAACAAAUACAUUCCUUACUUUACUCAGAAUUUAAAAUAUUAACAUUUUAAGUUUAAUUUUCUAAAUUAAGACCAAUUAUCAGGGACAAGGUGUGCAAGCGUAUAAUAUAAUGUUGUUAAUCACUUUCAAGGGUUUGUAUUUGUACUAGUUCCAAAUUUUUUUUCUAUUAGCCUAUAAUUCUUUAGAAAAAGGAAUCUUAUUUGUGUUUCAUUCAGGAUCACAGUUAUUGGUCUAGAUAUAAUUUAUAAUCUUCUUCUUCUUCUUGGGUUAAUCGGUCGCUAGGACCAUCCCGUCUCACAACCAAUUCUCCAGGCAUCUCUAUUCAUCGCCAAAUCCUUCUAGUUUGCUCCGCCUCCUAAGACUUCUAUAUCUCUCUUAACUAAAUCUUCCCAUCUCAAUUUUUUUUCAGUCACAAUUGAGUCAAGAUAUUUGAAAGAAUUGACUCUCUUAAAUUUAAAAUGAUCUACCUCUAAAACGUGAUCCAUCCAAUUUUGUCUACUUAUAAUCAUAUAUUCAGUGUUUUGUUCAUUAAUUUGUAGUCCUACUUUCUGUGCUGCGUCAUUAAGUCUGUCACAGAGCCGUUUAACUCCAGCUUGAGAUUCGUCCAUCAGUACUAUAUCAUCGGCAUAUGCCAAUAAUGGAAUAGUCGAGUUCCGGAGUUUUANCUUGGUGAUAUCAUUUUUUUCAGUCACAAUUGAGCCAAGAUAUUUGAAAGAAUUGACUCUCUUAAAUUUAAAAUGAUCUACCUCUAAAACGUGAUCCAUCCAAUUUUUUCUACCUUUAAUCAUAUAUUCAGUUUUUUGUUCAUUAAUUUGUAGUCCUACUUUCUGUGCUGCGUCAUUAAGUCUGUCACAGAGCCGUUUAACUCCAGGUUGAGAUUCGUCCAUCAGUACUAUAUCAUCGGCAUAUGCCAAUAAUGGAAUACAGCUCAAGGCCUCAAAAUAAGGAAGUAGGGGUUCAAUUUGCAUCCCUCUUAUUACUUUUUCCAAUACCAGGUUGAAGAGAAUAGGUGAGAUGGAAUCAACCUGUCUAAGGCCGGAUUUUACUGUAACUGGAUCAGACUUCAUAUUUCUGACUUUUAUUUUGAUCACGGUUUCCAUGAUGCUGAUUGACACUAGAUUGACCAACUUCUGGGGAAAAUGGAACUCUUUCAGAAUAUUUAUGAGACUUUCCCUAUGAAUACUGUCGUAUGCUUUUUUGAAGUCAACGAAUAGCGUAUGUAUUUCCCUAUCGAAUUCCCACAUUUUNACUUUUUCCAAUACCAGGUUGAAGAGAAUAGGUGAGAUGGAAUCACCCUGUCUAAGGCCGGAUUUUACUGUAACUGGAUCAGACUUCAUAUUUCCGACUUUUAUUUUGACCACGGUUUCCAUGAUGCUGAUUGACACUAGAUUGACCAGCUUCUGGGGAAAAUGGAACUCUUUCAGAAUAUUUAUGAGACUUUCCCUAUGAAUACUGUCGUAUGCUUUUUUGAAGUCAACGAAUAGCGUAUGUAUCUCCCUAUCGAAUNUUAUACUGUAACUGGAUCAGACUUCAUAUUUUUGACUUUUAUUUUGAUCACGGUUUCCAUGAUGCUGAUUGACACUAGAUUGACCAACUUCUGGGGAAAAUGGAACUCUUUCAGAAUAUUUAUGAGACUUUCCCUAUGAAUACUGUCGUAUGCUUUUUUGAAGUCAACGAAUAGCGUAUGUAUCUCCCUAUCGAAUUCCCACAUUUUUUGAUAUAAUUGUCUAAUAAUAAAUAUUUGGUCCGUCAUAGACUUCACCAGUCUAAAACCACCUAUAUUAUUGAACCACACUUUUGAUACAUUUCUUUUUGUUCCUAUUACUCCCGUCGCUGCUGUUUCUAUAGAAUCUUUGACAUUAUUCCAUAUUUCAUUCACAUCACUGGUAUGUUNGAAUAGUGUAUGUAUCUCCCUAUCGAAUUCCCACAUUUUUUGAUAUAAUUGUCUAAUAAUAAAUAUUUGGUCCGUCGUAGACUUUCCCAGUCUAAAACCACCUUGAUAUUCACCAAUUAAUAUAUAAAAACAAUUAAUAUGUAAACAAAUAUUCUGUUCUGCUUUUUCUUUUAUUCUUGUUAAAAUACAAUUUGAGAAAACUUUGUACGCCACAUUCAGUAGGGCAAUUCCCCUAUAAUUAUUAAGGUCUUGUUUAUUUCCUUUUUUGUGUAUUGGGCAGAUUAGAGACGUUUUCCAAUCUUCUGGAAAUUCUUCCGUUACCCAUAUUUUAAAUUAGUGAACGGUCUAGGUAACACAGUGCAGCUCCCUUCCUUUUUUAAGUAAUUCAGCCUGGAAACCAUCUUUGCCUGGAGACUUAUUGUUUUUCAGAUUGUUUAUUUGUAAGUCUAUUUUUUCUAGAGUUGGCUCUGGACAUUCUUGGUUGUUUAUAUUUCCUAGCUCAAACAUGAACAAUUCGUCUGGUUCUUCACAGUUUAGUAAUUCUUCAAAGUAUUUCUCCCAUUCUUUAGCUAUACCUUCAUCUGUAGUAACCAAGCAUCCAUUACUAUCUCUAAUAAAACGUUCGCUUCUUUUGAAAUCUCCACUUAAAUUCNCCUUGUUCUCUUUGUCUCAUUGUCCGUAUCCUUUAACCAUUCUUCUUAUAAUUUAUAAUAUAAAAUCUAAAGCUCAAUGAUUACUCAAGAUAUAAAGAGAAAUAGAAUCUUUUUUUUUUCAUCUUAAUUCCUAUAAUAAUAAUUUAAAUUUAAUAAUAUUAAAAUGUAUUCAUAUCUUAGAUUUUAUUUAUCGAUGAAAGUUUUACAUAUUUAUCUGUAUAAGAACAAAGGAAUUUAUCUUUAAUGUUAAUUACAUUUUCUUAUUAAUUAAAUAUCAGCGUGUGUACCAAUUAAUUACUAAGAACAGUUUAAAUAUUUUUGUAGACUUAAAAAUAAUAAUUGUCUGUGAAAAAAUAAUACCUAAACUUUAUCAGUAAUAAAAGAUUAUUACAUAUUUUAUAUAUUAUAUUAUAGCAAAUAAUUUAUUUUUUUUUUUUUUUUAUUCGUCAUUAAUUUACUUUAUCUUAGCUGUGUAUGUUUUUUUAUUAAAAAAUAACAAAAUAUAUUAUUACUCUAAGAACUAUAAUCAUACAUUUAUUACUAUAAAUUAGGUUUAAUUAUCUUAUAACGAAGGAAUUUUUAUUUUACAGAAGUCAUAUUAUAUUUUUCCAGAAGUGUCAGAAUACAUUAAAAAUUAAUAGUGUUGUAAUUUAUUUUAUCUGGGCUCAUAAGUUUUUCAAUAUUCCUUUUUCCAAUGUAGGCUUAAAAGUAACUAUAAAACUGUAUACACUAUUGGUUUAUGUUUAAACACAAUUCCUCAGACACAUUUAAGAUUAAAAUAGAAACAAACAAAAAACUGUCAAUAUAUAAUUUAUUUAUAUUGUUCAAUAUUUUAAGAUUAAAUUUUUUCAAACUAUUUUGUAUAAAUUAAAACCGGCCAACUCAUCAUUGGGAUUUAAAAAUUAUUCAACUACUAAUUAAAAGUUUUUAAUUGUUCUACUAUACUUUGAACUUCAAUUGUUAUUUAAUUUCAAGUUGUAGUAAAUUCAAAAAUAAUUUAUUGCUUUUGUUAAUUUAAUUACAUAUAAAUAAAACUGUUAAACAGUAACAUAAAUAUGAAUUAAAAAUAUAAUUUAAAAUUAUUAUACAAUACUGUAAUUUAAGAUAUCUUUGAGUUGGCCUUUCUUAAUAAUAUUGUGUAUUAUGUAAUAAUAAAUUGUCAAAGCAACUUUUACUUUUAAUAUAUAAUAUUUUUAAUAUGUAAUCUGUGUAUAUGCAUACAUAUUUAUUAAGAUAUCAAUAUACAUAUUUAUACUUAACAUUAGUAAUAAUAUGUUGUAAUAAUAAUAUUAUUUAAUAUUUAUAUACAUAUUAUAUAUUUUUUUUUAUUGAUAGCAUAUUAUUAUUUGUAUCUAGGUGUAGCGUGAUAAAAGCGGAUAAAACAAGGAUGCUUGUGGUUUUACCGAGCAAUUUUUCUAAAUUUUCAUUAAAAUUAUAUAAAUUAAUUUAGAUAAUCUUACAGGGAUCUAUUAUUUUGCGUUAUUACUAUAAGAAAAGAAUUUAAAUAUUUUAAAAUAUGUUUUUUUUUUAUUUUUUUUUUAGGAAUUGGAUUUGGACUCAUCUAUUUGCCAGCUGUAGUAUGUGUUGGUUACUACUUUGAAACAAAAAGAUCACUAGCCACUGGUAUUGCUGUAUGUGGUUCUGGUUUCGGUACAUUUGCUUUUGCUCCUAUCGCCACUAUGCUUCUUGAAAACUUUAGUUGGAAAACUUCAAACUUAAUACUUGCCGGGUUGAUUCUCUCAUGUGCAGUAAGUUUCAAUCACUUAACUAUUUUAUUUUUUAAUUAAAUUUAAAAAUAAUUUAUUUUUUAGUUAUUUGGUGCUUUGAUGAAACCUCUUGAGUAUCCAAAUGAAGGCUGUAAACCAUUGCUCCAAAGAAUGGCAGAUGAAAAACGCAUGCAAAUGGAACGUGGAUCGAUUGGUGGAUCAUAUUUUAUUGUACAACUUAAAGAUGGAUCAUUGGAAAAAAGACAAAAAUUACCAUUAAAUAUUGAUCCUGGUGUUCAUUCAAGUUUUAACUUGGACGAAUUAGUCGGUAGUACUGGUUCUCCUAUUACACCAAUACCUACCAUGGCAGUUUUGCCUACAAUCAAAGAAGUAAAAGCACCAGAACAAAGUGGUUCUAGCAAUAGUUCCAGUAAUGCUGGAAGUGGAGAAUUAAAAUCCGAUAAUAAAAAAGAUAAUACAACAAAUGAAAAUUCUAAACCACAAAUACCCGAACAGAAUGGUGAAAAACCAAAUGAAGCUAAUGGAGCUGGAGAUUUGAAUGAAGUAAAAGCUGCUAUUCCUAGAAACGCUUCGCAGCCUGCAUUUACAACUCAUGUUCAAGGUCUACCGAAAAAUGGAUCAGUUCCAUUUUUUGAUCGUAUUCGCAAGACUAGCGCUAGUGAACGAUAUCGUCCUACAUUGGGGCCCAUUAAAGUAUCUCGGCCUAAUCUUAGUUCAAAUGGAGAUAUACGCAAAUCUAUUCAUUUAAGACUUUCGAAUGUAUCUAUACUUGGUGGUAGUAAAAAUAACAAUGCUGAAGAUAUGUGGUCAAAUGUUAGUAAUUUAAUUAUUCAUCAAUAAUAAUUAAUACAUAUCAAAAAGAAACAAAAAUCUAAUUAAUUGGAAAAUUGUUUUAUUUACUUUUAUAGGUUGAUUCAGACAGUAUAGGAUAUACUUCAUCCAAAACUAGCAUAAGAGGGAAAGAAACAGUACGUCCAAUGUCUAGAAAGGAUAUAUUUUACUCGGGUAGUGUAUUAAAUUUGCCAGAGUACCGAUCACAAAAAUCGCUUGCCAGCUAUCGUCAAAGUAUUUUGUCCUUACCGAAAUCUAUGAUGAAGGAUAACGAUAAAGAUGACGACGAAGAAAUAAAUGGUCUGUUCAAUAAAAAUUGUUUGAACGGUAUGAAAAUACUAUAAUAAUUGUCUUUUUUUCAUUGUAGAGGGGUGCUGUUCAUUUUUGCCAGAAUCUAUUAAUUCCGUAUUAUCUUCAAUGAUGGAUGCAAGCCUGCUCAAAAAUCCUGUAUUCAUGAUUAUUGGCAUCAGCAACGUUUUUGGAAUGGCCGGACUCUAUGUUCCAUUUGUGUAUUUAGUCGAUUUUGUCAAAGAAGCUGUAAGUUUUGACAGUCAAGUAAAAUAAAUUAAACCACAGUAUUGUUAAAUAUUUUUUCAUUCAAUCUUAGAGACCACUUAUCGAUUCAAAUCAAGCAUCAUACCUAUUGUCUAUUAUUGGAAUAACUAACACAAUCGGCCGUGUGGUGUGUGGUUUUGUGGCUGAUUUCCCCCGGGUUGAUUCACUAUUCCUUAACAACAUAUGUCUAUUAAUUAGUACAGUUGCUGUUGCUGCAACACCAUUCUGUAUGACUUAUGCACAUUUUGUUAUUAUGGCGAUCUUUUUUGGAAUUGCUGUUUGUAAGUGUUAAAGUAUUCCAACAUUAUAGAAUAUAAUGGAUACAAUUUUACUAAAUAAUUUUACGUUAAUAACAAUUAUGUUCUAGCUGGCUACAUAUCUUUAACAUCUAUUAUCCUUGUGGAUUUAUUGGGUCUUGACAAACUUACCAAUGCUUUCGGUCUCUUGAUAUUGUUCCGUGGGGCAGCUGCUAUUAUUGGGUCGCCGUUAGCUGGUGCAGUAUACGACUGGACAAAAUCUUAUGACUUGGCAUUUUUUAUGGCCGCCGUAUUUUUCCUGAUUUCUGCAAUCACCAGUUUUAUGGCAGCUCCGUUGAAACGUUAUUUAGACCAAAGACAAAUGGCUUUACCUCAAGAAGAUGAUGAUGCACUAACUCCAAUCGACGAGGACGAUGAAGAAGAUGACGAAGAGGAAGAUAAUACACACCAUCACCAUCACCAGGUUCCCACCAUCAUUGAAACUGCUCCUACACCAAAUAAACCACCAUUGCAGGAAAUAAAACAAAUAGAAUCAGUGGUUUAAAUUUUAAAAAAAGCUUUUUUUACUUAAAAAUCUAAUUUUAUAAGCAUUUAUAUUUACACAACUUUUUUUUCUAUAUUUAGCUUUUCUCAAAUGAAAAUAAUAAGAAAGAUAUUUUUAAACCUGUAAAUAAUAUUGUUUUAUUUCUUAAUAAUAAAAUUAUUUCCAUGUUAGUUAAAAAUUAUGCCCAAAUAUAGAUGAAUAUUAUUAUGUGUAAAUAAUGAUUAAGAAGCGUUUGACUAAUUUAACUAUUGAAUUAUAUAAGUAUUUUUUUAUUUUCUCUUAAUAAACUUUAUGAAAUUACUUUACAAUAAAAAAUAUGUGUAGAGGUUUAUAUUUAAACUACGAUUAUUUUUUAAGAGUGCAGGCAUACCAAUGCCCCUUAAAAAACAUGUAGAAGCUGUGAUAACUUCUUGAUUUUAUAUUUAUCUAAGGGGCAUUUAAGUUGAUAGGAAUAAUGACACAUACAUAUGUUUUUACAGGUUAAUAAAAACUUGCAUGUUUUACUUUAAAUUGUAAAUGGUAUACUAAAAUAAAUUUAAAUUUGCUUUUGUAAAUAAUUUUGAAACCAUAUAAUUUUAGUAAAUAUUAUUUUUAAAAAAUAUACCAGUUAUUAUUAUUAUUUUGGUUUCUAAAUAUAGAAUAAUUAAAACAACUAUAUUAAUUAUAAUAAUCAUAUAUUUAUAUUGUAAAUAAAAUAUACAUUGAAAAGUAAAUAUUUACAAAAAUGAAGAAUUGCAUUUUACUUUUCAACCUGAAUUUGUGGUUUACUCGAUUUUGGUUUAAACUUCCAGUAUAGAAUAGACAAUCCUAAUGUUGCAAAUGUAGUACAGACAAUCUGUAACAGUACAUUAGUAUUAAAUAUAGUUUAAUUAUUAGUAAUACAUAUUCGUAUGAAGUUAGGUUUGACACUUGAAAAUAUUCGUCUUUAAAUUUUGUUAUUUGUGUUCAAACUCCAAUUUCAACCUAAAUGCUAUAAUUUAUAUACUAAGUAUAAGAGAAAAAUUAUUAUAAAUGAACAGAUGGAUCUAGCCUUUUAUAUAAUAUUUUAUACUAGGUACCUAUUUUUAUUCUAUAAAAUAUUGGUUUUUAAUUAUCAUAAAAUACUUUCAAGUAGAAAAAAACAUUUAAAUGGAUUGUAAAUUUAAAUUCUAUUAGUUUCAAACACAUAGGUAAUAAUGUAAAGACUUCUCAUCAGUGCUAAAAAAUAUAAUCACUAGGUCUGGCUUAUGUCAGCUUGAUAAAUAUUUUCUUUUAUCAUUUAACAAUUUU